GUACGGUGCGGAUCUCUCUCUUUGCUUUGAACGGACGUUUGCGUUUGCGUGUCAUAUACACUUCACUACAGUGCAUAUAUACAUACUCAACUGCCAAUUCACUUAAGUGCAUAUAUACAUACAUACAUACAUCUAAUACAUAUAUAUAUGUAAAAGUGUAGUAGCUCAAGCAAGCCUUUGAGCUGUGGUGUUAGAAAAUUAAAUAUAUAUUUUUGUAAAGUGAAAAUAUAGCAAAUAAAUUCUUAAAUAACUCAGCGUAGUUGACCGUAAAAUCGCGCAAUUUCAAAGCAAAGCUAAAGUAAAUUGUGUUCAUAGAAAAAUUUGCAAUCGCAAGUCGGAGGAUUUGUCUGCCCUCCGAACUCCGUGCAUAGCAAAUUUCUAAAUUGCAAGCAAAAAUUUCUUGUGUUCAAUCAAGCGUUUUGUGUUCAAAAAAUUUUAAUCCUCACUUUUCUGUUCAAUCUUGAUAUAUUAUUGCAGUGAAAGUUUCUAUUUGCGCAUGCGCAAACUCGAAUCAAUUCUUCGGCGUUAGAAAAUAAUACAAUUGGAGAAGAAAAAGAAUUACUUCAUUUUCAUAAGAGCAAAGUGCAAACAAGUCUGAAACAGCGUUUGUUCGCUUAAGAAAAUUUGUGCAAAGCGCAUUAGCGCUGUCCCCCAAGCAAAGUGAACUUUUCAAUUUGGAAAUCAAAUUGCGAUUUGGAAUUUAACUGUGUCUCGUCAAAGCGUGUGUCUCGCUGUGUGUGUGGAGUAGCGCGCAGCUGGUGACAGAAUGUAUUAAAUUCGGAAUCGAUUGCAAGAUAGAAAUGCAAAAAUGAGAAUAUUUUUGCCACUAGUCACGUGGAUAGUGCUACUUUCGAGUACAGUACAUUCACAAAUCAAAACAAUACGAUCGGACCAAGCGCAUUUGAAAAAUAGCCGUUUUGGUGGCGAAGUAUUUUUUCUUAAUCUCGAAGAUGGCAAUUUCGGUUGUCAAGUUAAUGAGUCUACAGAUUAUUUACAAAUAUUCGAAUUAUCGAAAUUAUGCGACGGCAGGCGAGAUUGUUUUCUCGGUGCCGAUGAGCUGAGAGAUGAGCUCAAAUGCACAAAUGACUGUGAUAAGGAUGGCACUCAGUGCACGAAUGGUGUUUGCUUGAAUGGCGUUUGCCAUUGUAACGACGGCUUUGGCGGUUGUAAUUGCGUUGAGCGAGAUGAAAACGAAUGCAAAUAUCGUCCAUGCGACGUGUUUGCGCACUGCAUCAACACGCUUGGCAGCUUCACGUGUACCUGCUUUCCCGGCUAUCACGGCAAUGGGCUUCACUGCGAAGAUAUCGACGAAUGCCAAGAUCCUACGAUAAGAGCGCGCUGUGUCGCGAAUGCCGAGUGCUGUAAUCUGCCAGCGCAUUAUCUCUGCAAAUGUAGAGAUGGCUAUGAGGGCGAUGGUGAAGUGCUGUGCACAGACCUCGACGAGUGCCAAAGUCCCACUGCCUGCGGUACGGGUGCCCAGUGCAUCAAUACACCCGGCAACUACACCUGCGCGUGUCCCGAGGGCUAUCACGGCGACCCCUACUACAGCUGUACGGACAUCGAUGAGUGCAUACAUCCGAAUGUUUGUGGACCGGGCGCAAUCUGUACGAACCUCGAGGGCGGUUAUCGCUGCGACUGCCCAGAGGGUUACGACGGAGAUGCGCGCUCCGCCAGCGGCUGUGCGGACUAUGAUGAGUGCGGGCGUUCGCCAUGCGGCCGCAAUGCGCAAUGCUUGAAUACAGAUGGUAGUUUCAAAUGUAUUUGCCCAGAUGGCUAUGCGGGUGAUCCAAGUCAAGGAUGUGAAGACGUCAACGAAUGUUCCACUAACAAUCCAUGCGGUUUGGGUGCUGAAUGCGUGAAUAUUGGCGGUAGUUUUGCGUGCAAUUGUCCGCCUGGCUAUACGCUCGAGUUUGAGAGGGAAUAUAGUCUGGGUGGCGGCGGAAUUUAUGGCGGCGGCAAUGGCACUUCGCUGAGGGUGACCGGUGCCGGUCUGGCCUGUGUCGACAUAGACGAAUGUAAUAUGGAUAAUGGAGUGGCCAAGUGUGGCACGAACGCUAAAUGCAUUAACUUUCCGGGCUCAUAUCGGUGCUUAUGCCCGAGCGGCUUUCAGGGACAGGGCUACUUGCAUUGUGAAAACAUCAACGAGUGUCAGGACAAUCCUUGUGGCGAGAACGCGAUAUGCACCGACACCGUCGGCAGCUUUGUCUGCACCUGCAAAUCCGACUACACCGGCGAUCCCUUCCGCGGCUGCACCGACAUCGAUGAGUGCACCGCAUUGGAAAAACCCUGCGGUACUUAUGCCAUCUGCGAGAAUGCCGCACCCGGUUACAACUGCAAGUGUCCGCAAGGCUUCGAUGGAAAACCCGAUCCGAAGGUCGCUUGUGAGCAAGUCGAUGUGAAUAUCCUCUGUCGCAGCAGUUUUGAUUGCACCAACAAUGCGGAAUGUAUCGAAAAUCAAUGUUUCUGUUUGGAUGGCUUCGAACCGAUCGGCUCCAGUUGUGUCGACAUCGAUGAGUGUCGCACGCAUGCGGACGCCUGUGGAGCGCAUGCGCAAUGCAUAAAUACACCUGGUUCGUUCCGUUGCGAUUGUGAAGCUGGCUUUGUGGGCACACCCCCACGCAUCGGCUGCAAGGAACCCUGUGAGGAUGUACAUUGUGGCGAGCAUGCUUACUGCAAGCCAGAUGGCAAUGAAGCUUACUGCAUCUGCGAAGAUGGUUGGACGUUCAAUCCAAGUGACAUUUCAGCUGGUUGCAUAGACAUCGACGAAUGUGAUACGGUACAUGGUCCCUACGGCAGUUGUGGCGUAAAUGCAACAUGCACGAAUACGUUAGGCAGCUUUAGCUGCACGUGCCCAUCGGGCUUCUCUGGCGAUCCGCACGCCAAAUGUGUGGACGUGGAUGAAUGUCGCGUGGGCAGCAAGUGCGGCGAAGGCGCGGAAUGUGUUAAUAUGAAUGGCGGUUAUACCUGUCGCUGUCCAGCGGAUUCAAUUGCUGAUCCAGAUCCCACGGUACGUUGCGUGCCGAUUGUUACAUGCGCCGUAGACAAAGAUUGUCCAGGCAAUGCAAUAUGUGAUGCGGAAAAACGUUGCCUCUGCCCACAGCCAAAUAUCGGCAAUGAUUGUCGUCAUCCCUGCGAAGCGGUUAAUUGUGGCUCGCAUGCGCAAUGCAUGUUGGCUAAUGGACAAGCGCAGUGCUUGUGUGUCGAGGGUUACACGGGUAGCCCGAACACGCCUGGCGGCUGUAAUGAUAUCGACGAAUGCAAGGCGAACCCAUGUCAGGCGAAUGCCAUCUGUACGAAUACACCCGGCGGCUAUCUGUGCCAGUGCCCGAGCGGCACAAGCGGCGAUCCCUAUCGAGAAGGUUGCACCGCUGGCAAAGUCGCUUUCACCUGCUCCGACUCAAAUCCCUGCUCACCAGGUGAAACUUGCGUCACAGAUUCAUACACUGGCAAUGGUGUUUGCAUUUGUCGACAAGGUUACGAACGCAAUGCGGAGACGGGACAGUGUCAAGAUGUGGAUGAGUGCUCACCGAGUCGGCAGAAAGCAGCUUGCGGUCUCAACGCGCUUUGCAAGAACUUACCGGGCAGUUACGAAUGUAAGUGCCCACAAGGCUUUAGCGGCAACCCGUUCGUCAUGUGCGAGCAAUGCAAAUCACCGGAAUGUCAAUGCCAACCACCUUACAAAUUGGUGGGCAACAGCUGCAUACUCGCGGAUUGCUCGACAGAUAAGAAAUGUCCAGGUGGUGCGGAGUGUAUUUCCAUUGCUGGCGGCGUCAGCUACUGCGCUUGCCCGAAAGGCUACAAAACAGGCCCGGAUGGCUCUUGCAUCGACGUGGAUGAGUGCGUUGAACGCGACGCGCAAGUAUGCGCUUUUGGGGCUGAGUGUAUCAACAUCCCUGGUGGCUUUACCUGCGCCUGCCCGGAUGGGUACAACGGCGAUCCAUAUCACGGACUGUGUGCGCCAGCGCAACGUAAGUGUGCCGCCGAUAAGGAAUGUGGCACGAACGAGAAAUGUGUGCAACCUGGCGAAUGUGUUUGCCCACCACCUUUCUUCCUGGAUCCCUACGAUAAUAACAAAUGCAAAAGUCCUUGUGAACGAUUUCCUUGUGGCAUUAACGCGAAGUGUACACCAACAGACCCACCACAGUGUAUGUGCGAACCUGGUUUCAAAGGAGAUCCGCUUAUGGGCUGUACGGACGAGGAUGAGUGUGCUCAUUUGCCUUGCGCUUACGGCGCUUAUUGUGUUAAUAAGAAGGGUGGCUAUCAAUGUGUCUGCCCGAAAGGUUUUACUGGUGAUCCAUACAAAAGCGGUUGUAUACUGGAGACCGGCGUGCCCAAGAGCACCUGCACAAGCAACGAAGAUUGCGCUAGCAAUCUGGCCUGCGUGGAGGGUACUUGCGUGUCGCCGUGCUCCAGUCUACUGUGCGGCCCCAACGCAUUCUGCGAGACAGAAAACCAUGCAGGCUGGUGUCGUUGCCGCGUUGGUUAUAGCAAAGAUCCGAACGGCGACUGUGUCUCUCAAUGUAAGGAUAUCAUUUGCGGCGGAAGCGCGCUCUGCAUACCAACUUCGGACGGUCCUACUUGCAAGUGUCCACAAGGUUACUUCGGUAAUCCAUUCCCUGGCGGUUCCUGUACAACGGAUCAAUGUAGCGCAUCACGACCUUGCGCUGGGCGACAAGUUUGUAUCAAUGGCCGCUGUAAAGAGCGUUGCGACGGCGUGGUAUGUGGCACUGGCGCCACCUGCGACAAGAGUAGUGGAAAAUGUGUUUGCGAACCCAACUUCAUUGGCAAUCCAGAUCUCGUGUGUGUGCCACCUGUUAAAAAUGCCGAAUGUGAGCCAAAGUGUGGCGAGAAUGCGCAUUGUGAAUAUGGUUUCGGCAACAGCGUAUGCGCUUGCAAUCCUGGCACAACUGGCAAUCCAUAUGAAGGUUGCGGACCACAAAGCAAAAAUAUCUGCGCACCCAAUAGCUGUGGACCUAAUGCUGAGUGCCGCGCUGAUGGCCAACAAAUUAGUUGCAUCUGCCCGCAAGGCUUCACCGGUAAUGCAUACGUGGGUUGCCAGGAUGUGGAUGAGUGCGUGAACAAACCGUGCGGCCUAAAUGCUGCUUGCCUCAACUCAAACGGAGGUUUUGAAUGUCUCUGCUUAUCUGGCUUCGCCGGUGAUCCGUUCAGCAGCUGUCAGCCAGUAGAUAGUGUUUUCUGUAGCGAUGCUGAGCGGUGUGAGUGCAGCGCGCGUGUGGAAUGCCCCGACGGCUUUACUUGCGAGACUGGAAGAUGUAAAAAUCUGUGCUCCAAAACUGCCUGCGGUCCCAGGGCCGUCUGCGAUGGCGGUAAGUGUAUCUGUCCACUCGGGUACAUCGGCGACCCGCAUGACACCAACACUGGUUGCACCAUUCGUGGUCAAUGCAACAACGACGGGGACUGUAAGCACUCCGAAAUUUGUUUUCAACUGGGCAAAGGUUUGCGUAAGUGCGUCGAUGCUUGCUCAAAGAUACAGUGUGGCCCCAAUGCGCUUUGUGUAUCAAACGAUCAUCGAUCUUCUUGCAUAUGCACUGAUGGCUACUUCGGCAAUCCCAGCAACUUGCAGGUCGGUUGUCAACCAGAACGAAAGGUGCCGGAUAUUGAAGAUAAAUGCAAAACAGAUAAUGACUGUGAGGCUGGAUUUUCAUGCGCACCCGAUAUGCAGGGUACAAGAGAAUGCAUCAAUCGAUGCACGAAAGUUGUUUGUGGUACGAAUGAGGUAUGCAACAUCGAUGCGAAUGGACAUGCGCUGUGCAAUUGCGCAGACAGUUUUGUUUGGAAUCCGGUUACUUCAUCGUGCGAGAAGCCCACACUGCCAGACUGCACCAGCGAUAAGGACUGUCCAACGGCUGCCGCCUGUCGACCAGAUGUGGUAGGUGUGCUUAAAUGUGUUUCUCUCUGCGACGAGUUCACCUGCCCGGCAAAUUCCGUCUGUGUGGCGCGCAAUCAUCAAGGACGCUGUGACUGUCUUUCCGGCUUUGUCGGUAAUCCGAAUGAUCGCAAUGGCUGCCAGCCGGUGGUCAAAAAUCAAUGUCGCACCAAUGCUGAGUGCGCUGAAUCGGAAGCUUGUAUUAAAUAUGGACCUAGCGAAAGUCUCACUUGCCGUCCGGCUUGUGAAAGCGUCAAGUGCGGACCCCGUGCGGUUUGUAUCACCAACAAUCACCUCGCUCAAUGUCAGUGUCCACCUGGCCCAUAUGCAGGCGAUCCAAAUGACCCCUUCAAUGGGUGUCAGAGUGUGCCUUGUGUCUACAAUCACGACUGUCCGCCAACGAAAAUGUGCAACCGCAUGACACACACUUGCUACGAUGUUUGUGACGAGGAGUCCUGUGGCGAGAAUGCUAUUUGCAUUGCUGAAGAUCAUCGCGCUGUGUGCCAAUGCCCACCAGGCUUCAAAGGAAAUCCCAUGCCAGAGGUGGAGUGCACCAAAAUAAGUGGCUGUCUUGCGGGUACUUGCCAUCAUUCGGCCAUUUGCGAGGUAACACCGUCUGGCCCAAUAUGUCGCUGCCCCGAAAACUUUAUUGGCGAUCCGGAAACCACAGGCUGCCGUCCCGAUAGUCAAUGUCCCAAUGGCGAUGUCGAUUGUCCAGUGAAUACCAUAUGCGCUGGUGGCCGCUGCAUUGAUCCUUGCGAUAACGCCUGCGGUCAAAACGCCGAAUGUAAGGUUGUUAACCGUAAGCCUGUUUGUAGCUGUCCACUGAAAUUCCAACAGAGCGGCGAGUCGCCUAAAGAGGGAUGCGUGCGCUCAGUUUCAAGAUGUCGGUCUGACAUCGACUGCGGCGGUGAAAUCUGUUACAACGGUCAAUGCCGCGUGGCAUGUCGCAAUGCGGACGACUGUUCGACAGGAGAAAAAUGCUUAAACAAUAUUUGUGUAAUUCCUUGCUUGGACCACAGCCAAUGCACAUCGGGUUUGGCUUGUUUGGAAGGCCUUUGCGUUAUUGGCUGCCGUAGUAAUAAAGACUGCUCCGCCGAUCAAUCCUGUAUCAACAACAAAUGCGAAGACCCUUGCAAGACGGGCGGCAUCUGCGGUCCAAAUGCGCUAUGCAGCAUCGACAAACAUCUCAGUCAGUGCACGUGCCCAGAAGGCUUCGAAGGCAACCCAACAGCCGAUCAAGGUUGCGUUCGCGUACCAGCACCUUGCUUAGCCACCAAUCAGUGUCCCAACGGUCAUAUGUGCAUUGGAAAUCAGUGCAACCUGCCGUGUCAGAAGAACUCAGUUUGUGCUAUUGGCGAACGCUGUUACCAGAAUGUCUGCCGCAAGGUUUGUUACACCAGCAACAACUGCCUGCCAGGCGAAAUUUGCAACAAUGACGGCACCUGCCAGCCGGGCUGCGACUCCGAUGCCGAUUGUCCGCCGACUGAGCUUUGCCUGAGCGGCAAGUGUAAGUGCGCGUCCGGUUUCAUUGGCACGCCUUUUGGCUGCUCUGACAUUGACGAAUGCACAGAGGAACCUUGCCAUCCAACAGCGCGCUGCGAGAACAUACCCGGCUCUUACCGUUGCAUAUGCCCCGAAGGUACAGUAGGCGAUGGGCUCUCUCAACAAGGCUGCAUCGCUCCCAAAGAAUGCUACAGGGAUGAGGAUUGCGCAAACAAUCUAUCCUGCGUUAACGACAAAUGUACGGAACCCUGCACGAAUACCACCUGCGGACCGCAUGCGCUGUGUAUUGCUGAAAAUCAUCAGGCUGCUUGUGACUGCCCACCCGGUCAUUUGGGCGACCCAAGCGAACAUACGGUCGGCUGCUUCAAAGUCGAAUGCAUCGUCAACGAAGACUGCGCUAGUGACAAGGCAUGCGAUAGUGAAACCAAUCGUUGCAUCAAACCCUGCGAUCUAAUAUCUUGCGGUAAAGGCACCUGUAAUGUAGCCAAUCACGAAGCGCUUUGUUCCUGCUAUGAGGGCUAUCAGCUCGUCAACGGUGAGUGCGAGGAUAUUGACGAAUGUCUGUCAAAACCUUGCCACAGCACCGCCAUGUGCCAAAAUCAUCCCGGCAGCUACCAGUGUCUAUGUCGUGAAGGACUCAUAGGCGAUCCAAUCAAUGUGGGUUGCCGUGACCCCAACGAAUGUCUCACCGACUCGGACUGUCCUUCCAGCGCAAGCUGUCAAAAUUCGCGCUGUCGCAGUCCUUGUGAGCGCGAGAAUGCCUGCGGUCGUAAUGCUACCUGCUCGGCGCAAUCACACAAUGCCAUCUGCACUUGUCCAUCUAAUGCGCGCGGUGAUCCAUCCGUCGAAUGUGUCUAUAUCGAGUGCUCCGACAAUGAGGACUGCGCCAAUGAGAAGGCUUGCUUGGAAUCGAAAUGUGUGGACCCAUGUACGCUACCGAAUGUUUGUGGUGCAAAUGCACGUUGUACCGCACAGAAUCACAUAGGCGUGUGUACUUGCGAAACUGGCACAACCGGUGAUGCACAACUCGGCUGCGUAGCGCUACAAUACUGCAACACAGACAGCCAAUGCGCCUCGGGUACAAUUUGCACCAAUGGCAUAUGCGCUACGCUUUGCUCUUCCGUGCGCGAUUGUAUCUCCGAUCAGCUAUGCAUACAAGGCGUGUGUCAACCCACAUGCCGCACAAAUUCAUCCUGCCCCGAAUUCCAGUACUGUCUCAACAAUAUUUGCACCAAAGAGGUGCUCUGCCGCAACGACGAUGACUGCGAUGUGAACGAAAAUUGCAUACAGGAUAACUAUGGUCGCGCUUCGUGCGAGAAUGUAUGUCUAGGACGCGCCAUUUGUGGACGCAACGCCGAGUGUAUUGCGCGCAGCCACGCGCCCGAUUGUGAAUGUAAGGAAGGCUUCUUCGGCGAUCCAAAGAGCGGUUGCCGCAAAAUUGAAUGUAACACAGACGCGGAGUGUUCGCACGACAAGACCUGCGACGAUCACAUGUGCAAGAUAGCUUGUCUCAUUGGCGAUCCAUGUGGCGAUAAUGCACUCUGCACUACAGAAAAUCACAAACAAAUAUGCCAUUGUCAACCGGGCUAUACCGGUGAUCCGCGUGUGCGUUGUGACGUUAUCGACUUUUGUAAGGAUGCGCCGUGCGGUCCAGGUGCACGUUGCCGCAAUUCGCGUGGCUCUUUCAAAUGUACCUGUCCUCCCGGUUUGGUUGGUGAUCCCUACAAUGAAGGUUGUCGCACCGCGGUGGAGUGUGAAACUAGCGAUGAUUGUCCCCCGCAUGCUGAAUGCACGAAAAUUAACGGUAUAACCAAGUGUCAAGAUGUUUGUGCGAAUGUUAAGUGUGGCACGAAUGCCGAAUGCAUACCCAAAGGUCAUCAAGCUCAUUGUGCAUGCCGUAAUGGCUACGAUGGUAAUCCCGCUGAUCGGGUUACCGGUUGUAAGCCACUACCCGUACCAUGUCAAAUGACCAGCGACUGCUCGACAAAUACCUACUGUUCGGAUAGUAUUUGUAAACCUGCCUGCAUACUCGACACCGAAUGCGGCUCAUCGGAGGUAUGUCAAGGUGGCCAAUGUAUCAAUCCCUGCCUGCAGGCACAAGCUUGUGGCAUGAAUGCCGAAUGUCACAUACAAACACAUUACAAGCAAUGCUCUUGCCCAGCCGGUUUCACCGGUAACCCAGAUGUCGAAUGUGUACGCAUACCCGUGGCCUGUGCUAGCGAUGCGGAAUGCCAUGAUGGCUACAACUGCCACGACUCAAUGUGUCAACCGGCUUGUCAAAACGAUCAGGAUUGUGCAUUGAAUGAAAAGUGUCUACGCGGUAGCUGUAUGCUGACAUGUCGCGUGGACAACGACUGCUUCCUCGGACAUGUUUGCUUGCACAACAAGUGCGUAUAUGGCUGUCGUACCGAUGACGAUUGUAGCGCUUCUGAAUCCUGUCGAAAAGACAAGUGCACCAACCCCUGCCUGGAGAAUCCUUGCGGCCCGAAUGCCGCUUGCUCGGUGUCUAAUCAUCGCGCCAUUUGCAGCUGCCUUGAUGGCAUGGUACCGAGUCCUACACCACAGGUCGGUUGCGUGCGCAGUCCGCCUCUGGGCUGUAAUGAAAACCGCGAUUGUGCAAAUGGUUUGGCUUGCUUUGAGUUUGCCUGCCGUCCGUUGUGCGCCGAUAAUGCUGGUUGCCUUUCGAAUGAACGCUGCCAAGGUGGCGUGUGUAAACCACUCUGUCGACGUGAUGAUGACUGCCGCAACAGCGAAGUUUGCUUGGGACUGACGUGCGUAGCUGGUUGCCGCUCGGAUCAGGGCUGCCCGCAUGAACUGUCGUGUGUCAAUCAACAGUGCGUAAAUCCUUGUGCCGAACCAGCAGCCUGCGGCACGAAUGCUGAAUGUCUAGUGAUCGAUCAUCAUAAGCAAUGCGAAUGCCCGCAGGGUCUUGUCGGCAAUGCGGAAGUGUCAUGCAAAACGCCACGCAUUGCUUGUACGCACAAUGAAGACUGCGGUGGCACUCAACUAUGCUACGGCGGCAGUUGCCAAGGAAAAUGUCGCAACGAUCAGAAUUGUUUGGCGGAUGAGCGCUGCAUGCGCGGCACUUGUCGUACAGUUUGCAACACCGACUCUGCCUGCGCGCAAGGACAAAUCUGCGAAAAUCGUGUCUGCCAAAUCGGCUGUCGCAACGAUCUCACCUGCCCCAGCGAUGAGGCUUGCAUCAACAAAAAAUGCAAAAAUCCCUGUGAUGCGCCAGGGCAAUGUGGACAAUGCGCCAAUUGCUUGGUGGUCAACCAUGGCGUGCAGUGUAGCUGUCCGAAUGGAUUCCUCGGCGAUGGACUUAGCGGUUGUCAACAGCCGCCACAACGCUGCAAUCCCAGCUGUCAAUGUGAUGAAACGAACACCUACUGCGCUGACGCGUGCACACGCUCGGACGACUGCGCUUGCGGUCAAGUGUGCGCGCGUGGCAAAUGCCGUCAAAAGUGUGGCGCCGGGCGUAACUGCCCACUCGGACAACUCUGUGAACGCGGCACCUGUCUUGCCGGCUGCAAGACAAACUCCGACUGCCCCACUGAUCAGAGUUGCCUCAGUGGCAAAUGCGCUGAUCCUUGUGCAGACAAGUCAGCUUGUGGGCGUAAUGCGCUCUGCACCGUAUCCGAUCAUCGCAUGCUUUGCUACUGCCCCGAUGGCUAUGAGGGUGAACCGAGCAAGGAAUGCGUACAAUUCGAAUGCGCGGAAGAUGCCGACUGUGAACCGAAUAAGCGCUGUGAUGCGGGUAAAUGUCGCAACCCCUGUUUGGAAUAUGGCGCGUGCGGUGUCAAUGCGCAAUGUCGUGUUGUGGAUCGCAAACCACAAUGCUCAUGUCCACCGGACUACUUUGGCAGUCCCGAAACGGAGUGUCGUCCAUUGGAUGGUGGUUGCGCAAAUCAUCCCUGCGGCGCUAAUUCUAAAUGCACGGAAGUACCUGGCGGUUAUGAGUGUGCCUGCCUGGACGGUUGUAUGGGUGAUGCGCACAAGGGAUGCGUCUGCGAAGGACAUCUGGUGAAUGCAUGCGCCGAACAACCAUGCGGGCAGAAUUCGGCUUGCCGCGUGCUCGAUCACAACGAAGCGCAAUGCUAUUGCCCCGAGGAGUUCCCGUACGGCGAUGCGUAUGUGCAAUGUUACCUAACACCGCCACAAGAAGACUGCCGCACUCAGGGUUGCAUUACAGGCGAAUGCGUACGCAAAGGCGUCGACUAUGUCUGUCGGCACGACACCGAACAAUGCACAUCAGACGUCGAAUGUCCCAGUGAGAAAUCAUGCCUGCAAGGACACUGUGUUGAUCCUUGUUCGGUGCGUGGCGUUUGUGGCGCUAACGCGCUUUGCAAAAGCGUACUACAUCGACCGCGUUGUUCCUGCCCCAGUUGCUAUAUUGGACGUCCCGAAGUGGAAUGUAAGCCUGAUCCCAAGUGCACAGAUGUCACGGCGCUGCAACCACGUGAUCCACAGCAGCAAAUACCCUGCACGCAGGAUAGCGAUUGUCCCGACACGCUACAAUGUAGUCACUAUGGCCAAUGCGCCGAUCCUUGCCAGAAUCCGCUCUUUAUUUGUGGUGGCAGCAAGAAAUGUGAAACGAGACGCCAUCAACCGGUAUGCGUCUGCAAGUCUGGCUUUAUUGUUAACGAAUAUGGUGAACUGACAUGUGCGCCUGAGAAGCGUGAAUGCUAUCGCGAUGAUGAUUGUGCCUCGAAUAUGGCUUGUAGUGAGGGUAAAUGUCGUAGUCCGUGCGUAGUGCCGGUAGGUAGACAGCCUAUCUGCGCUGAAAAUAAAUCAUGUGAAGUGCAAGAUCACAAGCCGGUCUGCAUAUGUAUGAAGGAUUGCCAGCCGUCAAUAUCGAUUUGUCUGCGUGACGCGGGCUGUCCGUCGGGACUGGCAUGCCGCUCAUAUCAGUGCGUAAAUCCGUGCGAUUUUGCAACGUGUGCGCCCAAUUCGCCAUGCAUCGUCGAGGAUCAUAAGCCGAUUUGUAAAUUCUGCCCGCCUGGAUUUAUAGCCGAUGCCAAGAAUGGAUGUCAAAAAGCUAUAACACCAACUAUUCUACCUCCAACUCCGUCAGCGGCGGGUGCCAACUGUACACAAGAUGCGGACUGCGAUGAAACGUUACAGUGUAGUGCGCUCCGGCAAUGCGUUGAUCCCUGUACAAUCGUUUGUGCGGAGUCUGCACUAUGUAUUGUGAAAGCACAUCGCGUGGCAACAUGUAUUUGCGCUGAUAGUUUUAGUGGUAAUACUACUACCGUCAAAUGUAUUCCCAUACUAUUUGAUAUUCCAUCAUCGACCGUAGAAAAUACGACACAACUUAUACCCCUGGACCGUACAGACACGACUGCUACGACUAUGAAAUACACUACAAUGUAUUUGACGAACCAAACAGAAAUGCGUACACGCUAUACUGAUAUAGUUGCCGAAACGGAGACAGAGUCAUACGAUAGUACGACAAAGGCGACAGAGUUCCGAAAAACUACGCUCAGACCAGAAACAACAGUAGGAUACACUACGAUUCCUGGUGUCAGAAUCACCACUGAAGGCGCCACAACACCUUCAGCUGAAGCCGGAAUCACAGCUACGCCUACUCCGGCCACCGAAGCUCCUUCGGUUGAGACUACAGUUGGACACACUACGAUAUCUGGUGUCAGAAUCACCACUGAAGGCGCCACAACACCGCUAGGAGCCGCAACAACCCCUUCAGGCGAAGAUGGAAUCUCAACUACGCCUGGUCCGGCCACCGAAGCUCCUUCGGUUGAGACUACAGUAGGAUAUACCACAAUUCCUGAUGUCAGAAUCUCCACUGAAGGAGCCACAACACCAACAGGAGCCGCAACAACACAUUCAGCUGACGCCAGAAUUACAACUACGCCUGGCCCGGCAACAGAAGCUCCUUCGGUUGAGACUACAGUAGGACACACUACGGUUCCUGGUGUCAGAAUUACUACUGAAGGCGCCACAACACCACCAGAAGUUGCCACACCGCUUUCAUUUGAAGCCAGAAUCACAACUACACCUGGACCGGCCACCGAAGUUCCUUCGGUUGAAACAACAGUACGAUACACCACGAUCCCUGGUGACAGAAUCACCACUGAAGGAGCCACAACACCAACAGGAGCCGCAACAACACCUUCAGUUGAGGCCAGAAUCACAACUACACCUGGUCCAGCCACCGAGUUUCCUUUGGUUGAAACAACAGUAGGAUACACUACGAUUCCUGGUGUCAGAAUCCCCACUGAAGGAGCUACAACACCAUCAGGAGCCGCAACAACACCUUCAGUUGAGGCCAGAACCACAACUACACCUGGUCCAGCCACCGAGUUUCCUUUGGUUGAAACAACAGUAGGAUACACUACGAUUCCUGGUGUCAGAAUCACCACUGAAGGAGCGACAACACCAUCAGGAGCCGCAACAACACCUUCAGUAAAGGCCAGAAUCACUACACCUGGUCCGACCACCGAGUUUCCUUUGGUUGAAAAAACAGUAGGAUACACUACGAUUCCUGGUGUCAGAAUCACCACCGAAGGAGCUACAACACCAUCAGGAGCCGCAACAACACCUUCAGUUGAGGCCAGAAUCACUACACCUGGUCCGGCCACCGAAGUUCCUUCAGUUGAAACAACAGUAGGAUACAUUAUGAUCCCUGGUGUCAGAAUGACCCCUGAGGGCGCUACAACACCACCAGUAUCUGCAUCAACACCUUCGGGUGAGACCAAAAUCACAAACACACCUGGUCCGGCCACCGAAGUUCCUUCAGUUGAAACAACAGUAGGAUACACUAUGAUUCCUCGUGUCGGUAUUACCACUGAAGGAACAACAAUACCAUCAGGAGCCGCAACAACACCUUCAGUUGAGGCCAGAAUCACAACUACACCUGGUCCAACCACCGAAAUUCCUCGAGUUGACACAACAGUAGGAUACAUUACGAUCCCUGGUGUCAGAAUGACCACUGAGGGCGCUACAACACCACCAGUAUCUGCAUCAACACCUUCGGGUGAGACCAAAAUCACAAACACACCUGGUCCGGCCACCGAAGUUCCUUCAGUUGAAACAACAGUAGGAUACACUAUGAUUCCUCGUGUCGGUAUUACCACUGAAGGAACAACAAUACCAUCAGGAGCCGCAACAACACCUUCAGUUGAGGCCAGAAUCACAACUACACCUGGUCCAACCACCGAAAUUCCUCGAGUUGACACAACAGUAGGAUACAUUAUGAUCCCUGGUGUCAGAAUGACCACUGAGGGCGCUACAACACCACCAGUAUCUGCGACAACACCUUCGGGUGAGGCCAAAAUCACAAAUACACCUGGUCCGACCACCGAAGUUCCUUCGAUUGAAACAACAGUAGGAUACACUAUGAUUUCUCGUGUCGGUAUUACCACUGAAGGAACAACAAUACCAUCAGGAGCCGCAACAACACCUUUAGCUGAGGCCAGAAUCACAACUACAUCUGGCCCGACCACUGAAGUUCCUUCAGUUGAAACAACAGUAGGAUACAUUACGAUCCCUGGUAUCAUAAUGACCACUAAGGGCGCUACAACACCACCAGUAUCUGCGACAACACCUUCGGGUGAGGCCAUAAUCACAAAUACACCUGGUCCGGCCACCGAGUUUCCUUUGGUUGAAACAACAGUAGGAUACACUACGAUUCCUGGUGUCAGAAUGACCACUGAGGGCGCUACAACACCACCAGUAUCUGCGACAACACCUUCGGGUGAGGCCAUAAUCACAAAUACACCUGGUCCGGCCACCGAGUUUCCUUUGGUUGAAACAACAGUAGGAUACACUACGAUUCCUGGUGUCAGAAUGACCACUGAGGGCGCUACAACACCACCAGUAUCUGCGACAACACCUUCGGGUGAGGCCACAAUCACAACUACACCUGGUCCGGCCACCGAAGUUCCUUCGGCUGAAACAACGGUAGGAUACAUUACGGUUCCUGGUGUCAGAAUAACCACUGAAAGCGCCACAACACCACCAGUAGCUGCAACAACACCUUCAGGUGAGACCAGAAUCACAACUACACCUGGUCCGGCCACCGAGUUUCCGUCGGCUGAAACAACAGUAGGAUACACUACGAUUCCUGGUGUAAGAACUACCAGUGAAAGCGCCACAACACCACCAGUAGCUGCGACAACAACUUCGGGUGAGGCCAUAAUCACAACUACACCUGGUCCGAGCACCGGAGCUCCUUCGGCUGAAACCACAGUAGGAUACACUACGAUUCCUGGUGUCGGUGUUACCACUGAACGAACUGCAACACCACCAGGAGCCCCAACAACACCCUCGAGUGAGACCAGAAUCACAACUACACCUGGUCCGGUCACCGACGUUCCUUCGGUUGAAACAACAAUAGGAUACACUACGAUUCCUGGUGUCGGUAUUACCACUGAAGGCACUACAGCACCACCAGGAGCCGCAACAACACCAGCAGGAGAUGCCACUGACGUUCCUUCGGUUGAAACAACAGUAGGAUACACCACGAUUCCUGGUGUCCGAACUACCACUGAAGGAGCCACAACACCUUCAGUUGAGGCCAGAAUCACAACUAUACCUGGUCCGACCACCGAAGUUCCUUCGAUUGAAACAACAGUAGGAUACACCACGAUCCCUGGUGACAGAAUCACCACUGAAGCAGCCACAACACCAACAGGAGCCGCAACAACACCUUCAGUUGAGGCCAGAAUCACAACUGCACCUGGUCCAACCACCGAAAUUCCUCGCGUUGAAUCAACGGUAGGAUACACUACGAUUCCUGGUGUCAGAAUCACCACUGAAGGAGCUACAACACCAUCAGGAGCCGCAACAACACCUUUAGUUGAGGCCAGAAUCACAACUACACCUGGUCCAACCACCGAAAUUCCUCGCGUUGAAUCAACGGUAGGAUACACUACGAUUCCUGGUGUCAGAAUCACCACUGAAGGAGCUACAACACCAUCAGGAGCCGCAACAACACCUUUAGUUGAGGCCAGAAUCACAACUACACCUGGUCCGACCACUGAAGUUCCUUCAGCUGAAACAACAGUAGGAUACAUUACGAUCCCUGGUGUCAGAAUGACCACUAAGGGCGCUACAACACCACCAGUAUCUGCGACAACACCUUCGGGUGAUGCCAUAAUCACAACUACACCUGGUCCGGCCACCGGAGUUCCUUCGGCUGAAACAACAGUAGGAUACGCUACGAUUAUCACUGAAGGAACUACAAAACCACCAGGAGCCGCAACAACUCCUGCAGGUGAUACUAGGAUCACAACUACACCUGGGCCGGCCACCGAAGUUCCUUCCGUUGAAACGUCUGUGGGUUACACUUCAGUCCCAACAUUCAGAACCACAAAAGAGGGAGUAACUGUGGUUCCACCACUUGAAACAACUACUGGCUCUUUGAUUGUUCGAACCACCAGCGGCUUGGUUGAAAUUGUAACACCCUCCGGCUAUGGCACUGCAAUACCUACCACGCAACGUACUGUCACCGUUACACCCAUCUACGUAGAAUCAACCACACCAGAAGCAUUUAUGCUGACUACACCUGAAGUCAGUCCUCUAACGACCUUGCAAGUGUCCUAUGGCGCAAAUGUGACAACAACUGAAGCUACGGUGGAGGGUAAUGAAACCGCCAAAACAGUAAGACCACACCUAGCCAGUACAAUACAACCCCCGACCAAACCCUCAAUCCGCUGUAAGACAGACACUGACUGCACGAACGAAGAGUUCUGUUUACGUGGGGAUUGCAUUAACCCCUGCCUACUCUUACCGACCUUCUGCCAAAUGCACAGUCCUGACUAUAUGAUCUGUCGAACAGUUCAACAUGUGCCUAUGUGCUUUUGCGAUAAUGCAGCCGAUGUAAAUACACCUGAUUGUCAUAGAAUUGCAGAAAUCGGCUGCUCCUCGAGCGACGAAUGCCCCACGCAACGCGCUUGCGUCAAUGGCGUUUGCUUGGAUCCAUGCUCGUACUCGAAUCCAUGUGGACGUGAUCAAGAAUGUCAGGUGAUUGAACAUCAACCGGUCUGUUCGAGAGUCUGCGAAUGUCAAAGCAAAUCCGAUUGUCAUGCCGGUUUUGAAUGCGAUGGCUGUCAAUGUCGACAAACUACUGGCCGCACACCUGGCUGCGAACACUGCCCACCAGGCACCAACUGUGAUCCCACAACGGGCGCCUGCAUCAAAGCUAAUGUUACAAUAACAACCACUACCAAUAUAACAACCACUACCACCACCACUACAUCUAACCCAAUCACUGAAGUUACUACAAUAUUCACAAAUAAAACUGGCACCUCCACGCCGAGCACAACCACCACCACUGCUAAAACCACUACCUCAUACGAAACCACAAUCGCUGGCGUCACUGAAGAAGCUACCACAAUUCCAACAAACCUAUUCACUGAAGCGCCCAGCUCCAGCACAACCGAAUCGGGCAAAGAUUUAGACUUGAAUACGACAAGUAAAACUGGACCACCUAAGGGUUAUCGCGAUGGUGAGAAUAACAUAACAGCCAGUACUGUACCAGAACAGCCAACCACGCCCACAUUCACCGCUGUCUCGACGUCAUCAUCCUCUUCAUCAUCGUCCACUUCCACCUCCUCUUCUUCGGUUUCAACGAGCAGCAGCAGCUCGCAUCGUGGUGAAGAUAGUAAGGGUCCAUUUGAUGCGCGAACCACUACACCCAAAAUGAAGACUACACGCAUUGAUACCUCAAAUGAAUUUGAUUAUAAUCUAACCACCUUGUUGACGACCACACAACGUACCACCUUCCCGGUGACUAUGGUAACUGAACCAAUGAAAGAGGUGGCAGAGCAAACGACAAUGAGUGCUCGUGAUUUGAUAACAACCAUGUUCCCGGUGAUAACACCACCGGUGACCGAACAAUCCAGCGAGCGUCCAACUAUGCCGGGCACGACGACGCCAUUCGUUUAUGAGACAAUCGAACCGCUAACGACAACAACGACAACACCAGCUGCGGCAACUAAUGAACCUGGCACUCCUCCGACUACUAAAAGCGUCACAACCACUGAAAGUGGUGUCAUCACCACAGUAGCCACUACCUUCAGUACAAUUAGCAACACCUCUACCACUGAUACCGCUAUUACAAUGAUUAACACUUGUACAGAUCAUACUAACUGUGGUUCUAGUCAAUUAUGCGUGCUGGGAGUGUGUCGCAACAAGUGUCGCGAAGGGGACACAAGCGAUACGGAGUGUGUACAAGAAUCACCUGGCUCACCAAAGAAUCCGGAACCAUGUCAAUCGAACAAUGAUUGCAUUGAGAACGAAGCAUGUUACAUGGGUCUAUGUCAUAAUCCUUGCGAUUUUGCGAAUGUUUGCGCGCCCACCGCCAAGUGUGUGGCGAAAAUGCAUCGGCCGAUAUGUUCGUGUCCCAAGGGGCAUGAAGGUAAUCCGGCCAUCAAAUGUACACCAGUGGAUAGGACAAUUGAGUGCACGCACAAUGCCGAUUGCGAUGUAACUGAGGCUUGCAUUAAUCGCCGCUGUCAACAUCCAUGCGAUGCGCACAACCCUUGCGCACAAAAUGCUGUCUGUAUGAAUGCAAAUCAUGCGGCCGACUGCAGCUGCGUGGAUGGUUAUCAAGGCAAUGGUUUUAUCGGCUGUCAGCCAGCGCUCGAUCACACACCUGUCUGUCAGUACAACGAGGAUUGUCCACCUACGAAACUCUGUGAUCGUCUCAACCGCCGCUGCAUCAAUCCCUGCUUCGAGGACUCGUGUGGUGAGAAUGCUGAGUGUAUACCCGUCAACCAUGGCAUCGAGUGCCGUUGUCUGGCAGGCUUCAUCGGCAAUGCUUACAUCGAAUGUUCGCAAGUGCAGGGUUGCCGCGCGGAUCGUGAAUGUGACGCCAGUCAAGCGUGCAUUAACGGUAAAUGCGCUUCACCCUGUCGCUGUGGUGCUAAUGCACUUUGCGAUGUCAUCAAUCAUCGUGGCAUUUGUAAGUGUCCACCAGGCUACGGUGGCAGACCAGAAGUCGCCUGCAAUCCACCUAUCAAUCCUUGUGACCCCAAUCCAUGUGGCGUUAGUGCGCUAUGCGAGCUUGAUAAUGGUAAUCCAAUUUGUUAUUGCCCCAAGGGACUCACCGGCAAUCCUUUCAAAAAUUGCAUACCCGAAGGCGAUGAGUGUCGCCCGAACCCGUGCGGUCCCAACUCGGGUUGUCGCAUGGUGGGUGGCUCACCCACCUGUUUCUGUCUACCCGAAUAUGAAGGUCAACCACCGCUUGUGCAAUGCGAAGUGCCGAAGAGCCCCUGCGAUCCAUCCCCUUGUGGGCCGAACACCCAAUGUGCUGUACUCAGUAAUGGCUUCUCGAAGUGUACCUGCCUACCCGGCUAUGUGGAAAGUCCCAACACGAUUCGUGGCUGCAUCGAACCUGUCAAUCCAUGCGACCCAAGCCCUUGCGGCCUGGGCGCUGUUUGCGAUUCUUCGCGCACACCGGUUUGCUUUUGUCCCGACGGCCAAAUCGGCAAUCCAUUCAAGUCCUGCGAAAAACCGCCCAUCUCCGAUGAAUUAUGUACACCUGGCCCAUGUGGCCGCAAUGCUGAUUGCUACGUUACUAGCAACCGCGAGGAAUGCUACUGUCGUCCAGGUUAUAUUGGUGAUCCAUAUCAAGGUUGCCGCGAACCACCACGUAGCGCGUGUGAACCAAAUCCUUGCGGUCCGAAUGCUGAAUGCAUAGUUUCUGUUGAUGGUCAAAGUGCUUGCAUAUGUCCGGAUGGUUUAUCCGGUGAUCCCACCUCAACUAAGGGCUGUCAUGGUUACGAAUGUCAAGUGGAUGCCGAUUGCCCGCACGACAAGGCGUGCAUGGGUUUCAAAUGCUACGAUCCCUGCCCAGGCGCUUGCGGACAAGGCGCCAAUUGCCGCGUGGAAGAGCACCAUCCAGUUUGCUCAUGCAAUGCUGGACUCACUGGCAAUCCGGGCAUACGGUGCUAUGCGCUGGACAUACCAAAAACCCCUAGUCGCAAUCCAUGUUUGCCCAACCCUUGUGGCGUCAAUAGUGACUGUAAACUGCUAAACAACCGUGCUGUAUGCUCCUGCUUGCCCGGCUAUUUGGGUGAUCCACAGAGUGGCUGCCGCGCCGAAUGUGAUAUUAACUCUGACUGCGGCACGGCGCAAGCCUGUAUCAACCAUAAGUGUAUUGAUCCAUGUGCUGGCACAGUUUGCGGCAUUAAUGCGAUUUGUAGAGUACAACAACAUACGCCCAUCUGCGCAUGUCUCGACGGCUUUACCGGUGACGCUUUCCGUCAAUGUAUACCUGUUGGCGUGCUUAAGAAUAUAACACGCGACCCAUGCGUCCCUUCACCUUGUGGACCACAAGAUGUUUGCUCGAUAUACGGUGACGGUGUAGCGCUUUGCGACCCUUGCUUUGGGCCUAAUGCACAACAGAACCCACGCUGCCGACCUGAGUGUUUAUCAAACUCCGACUGUCCCUUCGAUCGCGCCUGUUUAGGCCAACGCUGCUUGGAUCCAUGCCCUGGUUCAUGUGGACACAAUGCUGUCUGCAAUGUGUACGAACAUAAUCCCAUCUGUAGCUGCCCGCCUGGCUUGUACGGUAAUCCCUACGAGCACUGCUCACCGCCUUCGCCGUUUGAACCAGCACCAUCACCUAGCUGCGAGAAAUUACAAUGUGGCGCCAAUGCGGAAUGUAAGAAACGAAGUGGCGCUUUGACUUGCGUCUGUCGCACAGGUUAUUUCGGCGAUCCUUUCAUCGGCUGCCGACCAGAAUGCGUACUCAACUCAGACUGUCCAGCUGAUAAAUCUUGCGUCAAUUCUAAAUGCGUGGAUUCAUGCGUCGGCGUUUGUGGCAUCAAUGCCAUGUGCCGUAUUGUUAAUCAUGCACCUGUCUGCAUCUGCGUAGAUGGUUAUACUGGCGACGCAGCUGUCCAAUGUAAUCCAUACUACUUACCACCUAGGAAACCAGCGCGCAACCCUUGUGAACCAUCGCCUUGCGGCCCCAACUCACGUUGCAUGAUUUCGCCGGAUGGCUAUGCGGCCUGUUCAUGCCUGCCGAACUUCAAAGGCUCACCGCCAGUCUGUCAGCCAGAAUGCGUUGUCAGCUCGGAGUGUCCGCUGAACAAAGCUUGCAUCAAUCAACGCUGCGCAGAUCCAUGUCCGGGCACAUGUGGCGUAGAAGCACGCUGCGAAGUCCUUAACCACAAUCCCAUCUGCUCUUGCGAAGCCGGUUUUGAAGGUGAUCCGUUCGUGUCGUGCGGCCGCAUACCAGAGGAAAGAACUGAUCGCAAUCCUUGUGUGCCUUCGCCAUGCGGACCCAAUUCAAUAUGUCAAAUUAAACAAGAUCGGCCAGUUUGCUCAUGCGUUGCCAAUUAUAUCGGCAGCCCGCCAUAUUGUCGCCCGGAGUGCACUUUGAACACCGAAUGCCCAGCGGAUAAGGCGUGCAUACAAGAGAAAUGUCAAAAUCCAUGUGCUAAUACAUGCGGACACAACGCGCGUUGCACAGUGAUUGCGCAUGCGGCGCACUGUAGCUGCGACCAGGGUUACGAAGGGGACGCCUUCGUUGGCUGCUCGAAAAUUGAUGAGAAGCCAAAAGACCGCAUCGAUCCCUGCUAUCCUAGUCCUUGUGGCGAGAACGCAAUUUGUAGCGAACGUAAUGGCGAAGCACGCUGUAGUUGUAUUGAACCUUACAUUGGCGAUCCCUACACCACUGGCUGUCGACCCGAGUGCGUUUACAACGCUGAGUGUCCUUCGGCGCUUGCCUGCAUUAAGCAGCAUUGUCGCGAUCCAUGCGUGGGCACUUGUGGCUCGAACACUGAAUGUGCGGUAGUCAAUCAUGUGCCUACAUGCAGCUGCGCGCGUGGCUAUGAAGGCGAUCCAUUCACUGGCUGCAAGCGAAAGAGUCCAACCCUACCGCUCAGCCCUUGCGAGCCCACACCUUGCGGUGCUAACAGCAUUUGUCGCGUGGUGGACGAUCGUCCAACCUGCUCCUGCCAAGUAGGCUACUUCGGCGCGCCACCCAACUGUCGACCCGAAUGUGUUGUUAGCUCGGAAUGUGCACAGCACUUGGCUUGUAUCAAUCAGAAAUGCACAGAUCCUUGUGUCGGUACCUGCGGCUUCAAUGCCAAAUGCCAAGUGGUUAAUCACAAUCCUAUCUGCUCCUGUCCAGCCGAUUACAUGGGUGAUCCGUUUGAGCAAUGUGUGCCAAAACCUCGCGAACCACCACCGAAAAUAAAUCCUUGCCUGCCCAGUCCUUGUGGCCCCAACGCAGAAUGUCGUGACGUUGAUAAUCGCGCUGCUUGUAGUUGCGCGCCAGGUAUGUUCGGUGCGCCGCCCAACUGUCGUCCCGAAUGUGUUAUCCAUCAGGAUUGUCCAUCGAAUCGUGCCUGUAUACGCCAACGCUGCGAAGAUCCUUGCGCUGGUGCUUGCGGCUUCAACGCGGUUUGCACAACACAAAAUCACAAGCCCGUCUGCUCUUGUCUUGAGGGCUACGAAGGUGACCCGUAUGCUGGCUGUAACACACCGCAAAUACAUGCACCACCUGAAAUCCCCAUGCCUUGCAAUCCCAGCCCCUGUGGCGCGAAUGCUGUUUGCAAAGAACGCAACGGCGUCGGUUCCUGCACCUGCUUGCCCGAAUACACUGGCGACCCAUACACUGAAUGCCGUCCCGAAUGUGUCCUCAACACUGACUGUCCGAAAAAUCUUGCCUGCAUGAACAACAAAUGUCGCGAUCCAUGUCCAGGCGUCUGCGGCGUAGGUGCUGAAUGUCACGUUAUUAAUCAUGCGCCAAGCUGCAGCUGUCCGUCUGGUUACACGGGUAACCCUUCGGAAUAUUGUCGCGAACAACCAAAACAGCUGGAUGCGCAGCCAUGCCGCCCUUCACCAUGUGGUCCUUAUAGCCAAUGUCGUGAAGUAAACGGUCAUGCGGUCUGCUCGUGCAUUACCAACCAUAUUGGUACACCGCCGUCUUGUCGUCCCGAAUGCUCGGUUAGCUCCGAGUGCGCGCAAGAUAAGGCUUGCGUGAAUUUGCGCUGUGUAGAUCCAUGCCCGGAUACUUGCGGCAACGAAGCGCGUUGUAAGGUAACAAACCACAAUCCGAUUUGCACUUGCCCAGUUGGCUACUCAGGAGACCCGUUCAUACGUUGCUUACCUGUUGCAAGCGAAGAACCGCGUUUGCCAUCACGUCCAACCAAUCCAUGCGUACCAAGUCCAUGCGGUCCAAAUUCACAGUGCCGCGCUGUGGGCGAAACCCCAGUUUGCUCCUGCUUGCCGAACUUCGUGGGCCGCGCGCCCAAUUGUCGUCCCGAAUGCACGCUCAGUUCGGAAUGUCCAGCCAAUUUGGCUUGUAUAAAUGAGCGCUGCAAGGAUCCCUGCCCUGGUUCGUGCGGUUUCAAUGCCUUCUGCAAUGUGGUAAAUCACUCGCCUGUAUGCAGUUGUGAGACUGGCUACACCGGCGAUCCAUUCGCCGGCUGCAAUCCAACGCCAGCCGCAAUACCCGAAGAGCGUCUAACGCCUUGCAUUCCCUCACCCUGUGGCCCCAACGCUGAAUGUCGCGAACGUAAUGGCGCCGGCUCAUGCGUCUGCCUGCCGGAAUAUUUUGGUGACCCCUACAGCGGCUGUCGUCCCGAAUGCAUAGCGAACUCUGAUUGCCCACGUGAUAAGUCUUGUGUCAACAAUAAAUGCAGCGAUCCUUGUCCAGGUGUUUGUGGCUUGAAUGCCGAAUGCCGCGUUUCCAAUCACGCGCCCAAUUGCCACUGUCUACAAGGUUACACGGGUAACCCGUUGAGCGCUUGCCGGGAAAUACCACAACUACCGCCAGCUCCAACCCCGAAAGACACUAAUCCCUGCAUCCCGUCACCAUGCGGCCCCUACAGUCAAUGUCGCGAGGUGAAUGGUCAUGCCGUAUGCUCCUGUCAGACGAACUUUAUUGGCUCUCCACCGAAUUGUAAACCCGAAUGCAUCGUUUCCUCUGACUGCGCACAAAAUCUUGCAUGCCAAAAUCAGAAAUGUAUCGAUCCCUGUCCUGGUACCUGCAGUAGCGAAGCGCGUUGUCAAGUCAUUAACCAUUAUGCAGCGUGCUCUUGCCCGCCGGGUUAUACGGGGGAUCCCUUCAGUAGAUGUAUUAAAAUUAAACUGGACGUGCCUUCUGUAGUAGUUAAACCUGGUAAUCCAUGUAUACCUUCACCGUGUGGACCCAACUCGAAGUGUCUCGAUGUUGGCGGUUCACCUGCAUGUUCCUGCUUGCCUACCUACUUGGGGCGACCGCCCAACUGCCGUCCCGAGUGCCUAAGUAGCUCAGAUUGUCCAGCUAAUUUGGCAUGUACCAAUCAGAAAUGUACAAAUCCUUGUAUCGGCGCAUGCGGUGUACAUACACAGUGUACGGUUAUAAAACACAAUCCUACGUGUCAAUGUGAAAUUGGCUAUACUGGAGAUCCUUUCUCUGGCUGUGCUAUUGUAAAAAUGACACCCACCGAGGAGCCACGCAAUCCAUGCAAUCCCAGUCCGUGCGGCGCUAACGCCGUUUGUCGCGAACGCAAUGGCGCCGGCUCGUGCUCAUGUCUACCUGAAUACUUUGGCGAUCCGUAUAGCGGCUGUCGUCCAGAAUGCGUACAGAACUCGGACUGUGAUCGCUCGCGUGCUUGCAUCAAUAACAAGUGUCAAGAUCCAUGCCCUGGCGUUUGCGGCAUCAAUGCUGAAUGUCGCGUACUAAAUCAUGCACCGAACUGUAUGUGCUUUGAUGGUUACACCGGCGAUCCACAUCGUUCCUGCGCUGUUAUCGAAAUAACAACUAUGACGCCACUGAAUCCAUGCCAACCCUCGCCUUGUGGUCCCUACAGCGAAUGUCACGAAUCGAAUGGGCACGCUGUUUGCUCAUGCGUCGAUGGAUAUGUCGGUGCGCCACCCACUUGCAAGCCAGAGUGCGUCGUCAGCUCGGAGUGCCCACAGAAUCGCGCUUGUAUUAAUCAGAAGUGCGCCGAUCCAUGUCGUGGCGCGUGCGGUAAUAAUGCGCGUUGUCAAGUGGUGAAUCAUAAUCCGAUUUGCACUUGCGCGGCUGGCUUGACCGGCGAUCCAUUUACAUCAUGCGUGGAGGAGCAGGAAACACCGCGUGAUCCACAAAAUCCUUGCGUGCCGUCACCAUGUGGCCCAAAUUCGUUGUGUCGCGAAAUCGGCGGACAGGCGGCUUGUUCCUGCCAAUUGAACUACGUAGGUCGCCCGCCAAACUGUCGGCCGGAAUGUAGCAACAAUGAUGAGUGCCCUAACAAUUUGUCAUGCCAGAACGAACGUUGCGUCGAUCCAUGUCCUGGCUCUUGCGGGCGCAAUGCCUUCUGUAAGGUUGUGCAACACAAUGCGAUCUGCUCGUGCGCCGACAGCUAUGAAGGCGAUCCUAUUUUGGGUUGCGAUUUAAUAGAACCAGUGCUGCCGAAGCAACCGCCUACAUCACCGUGUGAACCCUCACCUUGUGGCCCACAUGCCGAAUGUAGAGAGCGCAAUGGCGCCGGGGCAUGCUACUGUCAUGACGGUUUCGAAGGCAAUCCCUACGAUACGGAGCGCGGUUGCCGACGCGAAUGCGAAGUUAAUGAUGACUGCUCAACAGCUCAGGCUUGCGUGCGCUUCAAGUGCGUUGAUCCAUGCAACAACAUUUGUGGCGAAUUUGCCAUAUGUUCUGUAGAGAAUCAUGUGCCUACUUGCAACUGCCCGCCUAGCUACACCGGCGAUCCGUUCUUCCAAUGUAAACCGAUACCAGUUACGCCACCACCUAUCAUCAACCCUUGCGUUCCAUCACCAUGCGGACCGAAUAGUAUUUGCCGCAACAUAAACGACCAAGCUGUAUGCUCCUGCCAAUCCGGCUUCAUUAAUCAACCACCCAACUGUCGACCUGAGUGCGUUGUAAGCUCAGAGUGUGCGCCGGAGCGUGCGUGCGUGAACAACAAAUGCGUGGAUCCAUGCUUGCAUACUUGCGGCAUACGCGCCAUAUGCACGACAAAGAAUCACAGCCCGAUCUGUACUUGCCCGCGCGGCAUGACUGGCGAUCCAUUUGUACAAUGCUCAAAGAUACCAAUUAUUCAUGACGUGGAACCCACAGAACGUCCACCGUCCUGUGUUCCCUCGCCUUGUGGUCCUAACUCCAAAUGCCAAAUUGUCGGCGGUAGUCCGGCUUGCUCUUGUCUACAAGACUUCAUCGGCGCACCACCAAACUGUCGUCCGGAAUGUGUGCUGAAUUCGGAGUGCGGUCCAACUGAGGCGUGCAUCAACCAAAAAUGUCGCGACCCAUGUCCCGGUUCUUGCGGUUUCGAAGCCAAAUGUCACGUGCUCAACCAUGUGCCAAUUUGUAACUGCAUUGACGGCUAUACCGGCGAUCCGUUCAUCCGUUGCAGUCCCAUACCACCAGUUACGGAGUCACCAAAAACUCCCAACGAUCCUUGCGAUCCAAGCCCGUGUGGACCAAAUGCCGAUUGUUUCAAUGGCGAAUGCCGCUGUCAAGACAACUAUCAAGGCAACCCUUAUGAUGGCUGUCGUCCAGAGUGCACGCUCUCAGCAGAUUGUCCACGAGACAAGGUGUGCAUGCGCAACAAAUGUGUAGACCCUUGCCCCGGCACUUGUGGCAUCAAUGCCAUUUGUGAAGUGCUCAACCAUAUUCCAGUGUGCUCUUGCAUAACCGGCUACGAAGGCGAUCCGUUCAGCACCUGUAGACUUAAGGAAAUAAUUGAAGAGCCCAAGCAAGCAGUUUGUUCCCCUUCACCCUGUGGUGCGAAUAGCCAAUGCCGCGAUAUUAAUGGCCAUGCUGUAUGCUCCUGCCUAGAGGGUUACAUUGGCAGUCCACCACAAUGCCGUCCAGAAUGUGUUGUGUCUAGUGAAUGCUCGGCAUUGCAAGCUUGCGUUAACCGAAAAUGUACAGACCCUUGCGCAGGCGCAUGCGGUAUUGAAGCACGUUGUGAAGUUAUUAAUCACAGUCCUAUUUGCGGUUGUCCGCCUGGAAAAACUGGCGAUCCAUUUAAACGCUGUCUGGAUAUACCACCACCAGAACCGCCGCGAGAACGUGACCCUGGCAUACCGCGCGAUCCAUGUGUGCCUAAUGUUUGUGGUCCUAACUCGAUUUGCAAAGCCAGCGCCAACGGGCCAUCCUGUCAGUGCUUGCCAGAGUUCUUUGGUUCGCCACCAAAUUGCCGUCCAGAGUGCAUUAUCAAUCCAGACUGCCCGUCGAGCCAAGCAUGCAUCAACAACAAGUGUCGCGAUCCUUGUCCAGGCUCGUGUGGCACAAAUUCUGAGUGUCGCGUGAUUAGUCACACAGUUUCCUGUUCGUGUCCUGAAGGCUUUGCCGGCAAUGCCUUCGUGCAAUGUGUGCCAGCUAUUGAAGAGCCUGUCAAACCAUGCGAACCAUCGCCCUGCGGUCCGAACGCCGAAUGUAUUGAACGUAAUGGUGCGGCUUCAUGCAAAUGUAUCGACGACUACCAAGGCAAUCCCUACGAUGGGUGUCGGCCAGAAUGUGUGCUCAGCUCUGACUGUCCGACGGACAAGGCCUGCAUACGCAAUAAAUGUAAGGAUCCAUGCCCUGGCAUUUGUGGCUCAAAAGCGCAAUGUUAUGCGGUUAAUCACGUGCCGAACUGUGUGUGCAAUGACGGCUAUACCGGAGAUCCAUUCUCAAACUGCCAACGUCAAGUUGCGCCACCACAACCACCACCACAAGGCAAUCCAUGUCAGCCAUCACCUUGUGGGCCAAAUAGUAAAUGUCGUGAAGCAAAUGGUCUUGCUGUUUGCUCAUGCUUAGACAACUUUAUUGGUGCGCCACCCAAUUGUAAGCCAGAGUGCACCGUCAACACGGAAUGUCCACAGAAUAAGGCCUGUCAUAACUUCAGAUGCGCUAAUCCUUGCGCCGGUACAUGCGGUGUGGAGGCGAAAUGUGAAGUCAUCAACCACAAUCCGAUAUGCAGUUGUCCGCUAGAUAUGACUGGCGAUCCAUUUUCGCGCUGCUAUCCAGCACCACCACCUGCGCCCAGAGACGAACCUAAGACACCGAAAAAUCCAUGCUUCCCCUCACCUUGCGGCCUCUACGCUGAGUGCCGUGUCAGCGGCGAUCAACCGUCCUGCUCGUGCCUGCCCAACUAUAUCGGCGCGCCACCCAACUGUCGCCCGGAAUGCGUCGUCAACACUGAUUGUUCUCCGGAGAGGUCCUGCAUAGCUGAAAAAUGCCGCAAUCCAUGUGAAGGCACAUGUGGCAUCAAUUCCGAGUGUCGCAUACAGAACCACCUGGCAAUUUGUACUUGCCGCAGUGGCUUUACUGGCGAUCCAUUCUCGCAAUGCGUGGAAAUCAUCGAAGUCAAAACACCACCGACUGUAUCAGCCGAUCCCUGCGAUCUGCAACCCUGUGGCGCUAAUGCCGAAUGCGAUAAUGGCAUCUGCACAUGCUUGCGCGAUUAUCAAGGAGAUCCGUACGUAGGCUGUCGACCUGAGUGCACGCUCAGUACCGACUGUUCGCCGCACAAGACCUGCCUCAACAAGAAGUGUGUAGAUCCAUGUCCGGGAACUUGCGGCCAGAAUGCGCAGUGCGACGUCAGCAAUCACAUUCCGAUCUGCAGUUGCCCAAAGGGUUACACCGGCGAUCCAUUCAUCAAUUGUCAUCCCGAAGUACAACGUGAACCAACACCGAAAGAUCCAUGCCAGCCCAGUCCUUGCGGACCCAACAGCGUAUGCCAAGCUAGCGCACAAGGCGCUGUCUGCGCCUGUCAACCAGGCAUGCUGGGUUCACCACCGGCCUGCAAACCAGAGUGCAUAGUCAGCUCCGAAUGUUCGCUGCAAACAGCGUGUAUACAAAAGAAAUGCGUAGAUCCCUGUCCGGGCGCAUGCGGUCAAUUUGCCAAAUGUCAAGUGAUCAACCACAAUCCGAUCUGCACUUGCAACGCCGGCUACACAGGUGAUCCGUUUACGCGUUGCUACGUCGAAGAACGUGUCAUCGAAAAGACACCAAAUGCGAAUCCUUGCGUGCCAUCACCAUGUGGACCGAACUCUGAAUGUAAAGUGGUCGGUGACAGCUACGCUUGCUCGUGCGCCGUCAGCUUCUUGGGUAAACCACCUAAUUGUCGACCAGAAUGUACCAUCAAUCCGGAAUGCCCAUCUACGAAGGCAUGUAUACGCCAGAAAUGUGAAGAUCCAUGUGUUGGCUCUUGCGGCUUCAAUGCGCGAUGCAAUGUGGCCAAUCACAUGCCCAUCUGCACCUGUGAAGUGGGAUAUACCGGUGAUCCAUUCACCGGCUGUCAACCAGUACAAGAGCGUAUUGUACACGAGCAAGUUACGCCGUGCGAGCCCAAUCCGUGCGGCUCGAAUGCCAUUUGUCGCGAUCGUAACGGCAUUGGCUCGUGCCAGUGUUUAGCCGACUACUUUGGUGACCCAUAUCAAUCGUGUCGCCCCGAAUGUUUGCGUAACUCGGAUUGUCCCACUACGCAAGCGUGCACUCAGCAGAAAUGUCGCGAUCCCUGUCCGGGUACGUGUGGCACGAACGCUGAUUGUAGCGUCACAAAUCACGUGCCAACUUGUACGUGUCACAUCGGUUAUACGGGCGAUCCGUAUCGUUAUUGUCAUGUGGAGCCAGCAGCACCUAUUCGUCAAGCGCCACCAACCAAUCCUUGCCAGCCCUCGCCAUGUGGUCCCAACUCGCAGUGUCGUGAACUCAACGGUCAGGCGGUGUGUUCGUGUUUGGAGCGUUAUGUCGGUGUACCGCCGAAUUGCCGGCCGGAAUGUGUACUUAGCACUGAGUGCCCCUACGAUAAGGCGUGCAUCAAUCAACAUUGUCAAGAUCCUUGUCCCGGCACGUGUGGCACGAACGCCGAGUGCCGCGUGCGUAAUCACAGUCCUUUAUGUCAGUGCCGUAACGGUUUUACUGGCGAUGCUUUCACGCGUUGCUAUCCCAUACCACCUGCGCCACCAGCAAUUUCGUAUAUUGAACGUGAUCCUUGCGUACCCUCGCCUUGUGGGCCACACAGCGAGUGCCGCAACAUCAACGGUGUCCCAUCUUGUUCCUGUUUGCAGAGUUACAUUGGCGCGCCACCCAACUGCCAUCCGGAAUGUACCAUAAGCGCUGAGUGUUCAUCGAACAAGGCUUGCAUACGCGAAAAAUGCAUCGAUCCUUGCCCUGGCUCUUGCGGCUUUUCCGCGGAGUGUAGUGUCGUCAAUCACACACCCAUUUGUACGUGUCCCGAUGGCUAUACCGGCGAUCCCUUCACCAAUUGUCGUCCGCAGCCACCAGAACCUAUCAUUAAUGAACCCACCGAUCCUUGUCAUCCGUCGCCUUGUGGCGCAAAUGCUCAAUGCAAUAACGGCAUUUGCACAUGUCUGCCCGAAUACCAGGGUGAUCCGUACACAGGUUGUCGUCCCGAAUGUGUUUUGAAUACAGACUGUCCGCGCGAUAAGGCAUGCUUGCGCAGCAAAUGCGCUAAUCCCUGUCCCGGCACAUGCGGCGAAAACGCCAUUUGUGACGUCAUAAACCAUAUACCCAUGUGCAGGUGUCCAGACGGUACGGUCGGUAGUGCCUUCAUCCGUUGCAGUCCGGCACCAAAAAUUAUAGCCACAAAUCCAUGCCAACCCUCACCUUGCGGUCCGAACUCUCAAUGCCGCGAAGUCAACCAACAAGCCGUCUGUUCCUGCCUGCCCAACUUCAUGGGUAGUCCGCCAACUUGCCGUCCUGAAUGUGUGUCGAAUUCUGAUUGUGCGCCUACACAGGCUUGCCUGAACCAGAAGUGCGGUGACCCAUGUCCCGGUACUUGCGGCAUUGGCGCCAAAUGCACUGUCGUCAAUCACAGUCCCUUCUGCACCUGUCCGCCGCGUUUCAGUGGCAACCCCUUCAUACGCUGCCAACCGAUUAUCGAACCACCCCGCGACAUCACACCAACAGAUCCUUGCCAUCCAUCGCCUUGCGGUCCAUACUCACAGUGUCGUCCUAUUGGGGAAGCGCCAUCAUGUUCCUGCCUCGAGUCAUAUAUAGGGCGUCCGCCAAAUUGUCGUCCUGAAUGCGUCACAAGUUCAGACUGCGCCAGCUCUUUGGCAUGUAUCAAUCAGAAAUGUGUUGAUCCUUGCCCUGGACGCUGUGGCUUGAAUGCAGAAUGCCGUGUGGUCAGCCAUGCAGUUCAGUGCAAUUGUGUGGUUGGUUACACAGGCGAUCCAUUCGUGCAAUGUAGCCUGCCGCCAGAACGUGACGUUGUUGAAAUACGCACACCUUGUAGUCCGAGUCCGUGUGGCCCCAAUGCAGUAUGUCGCGAGCGCAACGGCGCUGGUUCAUGCACAUGUUUGCCCGAAUACUUUGGUAACCCCUACGAGGGCUGUCGCCCUGAAUGUGUAAUGGAUUCAGACUGUCCGUCGAAUAAGGCGUGCCAGCAACAAAAGUGUCAGGAUCCUUGUCCGGGCACGUGUGGUCAGAAUGCCGAUUGCCAAGUGGUCAACCAUUUGCCAUCUUGUACUUGCAUUACUGGCUACAUCGGUGACCCAUAUCGUAUUUGCACGCGUCCUGUUGAACCCAUGCGCACCGAGUACGUCAAUCCCUGCCAACCCUCGCCCUGUGGUCCUAAUUCUCAGUGUCGCGAAGCUAAUGAACAGGCUGUCUGCUCUUGCCUGCCGGAAUUUAUAGGUACGCCACCAGCAUGUCGCCCCGAAUGCACCAUUUCUUCUGAAUGUGCCACCGAUAAGGCUUGCAUAAAUCAGAAAUGCGCGGACCCAUGCGCAGCCGAUCCAUGUGGCAGCAAUGCACAAUGCCGCGUUAGAAAUCACAGCCCGAUUUGUACCUGCAACAAUGGAUUCACCGGCGAUGCAUUUACAAGAUGCUACCCUAUACCACCGCCACCUAUCGAAAUUGAACGCGAAGAAUAUCGUGACCCUUGCCUACCCUCACCUUGUGGCCCCAACGCAGAAUGUCGUAAUGUAAAUGGCGUACCAUCUUGCUCUUGCUUGGCGACGUUCAUCGGUCAGCCACCCAACUGCCGCCCAGAGUGCACCAUCAAUGCGGAGUGCCCCAGUCAGCAGGCUUGUAUCAAUCAGAAAUGUCGCGAUCCCUGUCCAGGCGCUUGUGGCCAAAACACAGUAUGCCGUGUAAUCAAUCAUACGCCGACAUGCCUGUGCAUAGACAAUUACGUAGGCAAUCCGUUCAUCAGCUGCAAUCCGAAACCACCAGCACCUACUCAACCACCAGUGCACGACGAUCCGUGCGUGCCAUCACCGUGCGGCCCGAAUGCACAAUGUAACAAUGGCCAAUGCACUUGUAUACCUGAAUAUCAGGGUGAUCCUUUUGUAGGUUGCCGUCCAGAAUGUGUUCUCAAUUCAGAUUGUGCGCGUGAUCGCGCCUGUGUUCGCAACAAAUGCAUCGAUCCUUGUCCCGGCACUUGUGGCACGAAUGCGAUUUGCGUUGUCAACAAUCACGUACCCAUGUGCCAUUGUCCGGAUAAUAUGUCGGGCAACGCGUUCUUUGAAUGUCGCGUCAACGAAACGCCAAUUUUGAGAAAUCCAUGUCAACCAUCGCCUUGUGGCCCUAAUAGCCAGUGUCGUGAGGUACAAAACGUAGGCGUCUGCUCUUGUCUACCGAGCUUUAUAGGUAGUCCACCGCAAUGUCGUCCGGAAUGUACAACAAACUCCGAUUGUCCGCCAGAUCAGGCUUGUCAGAACUCUAAGUGUCGCGAUCCAUGUCCAGGCACAUGUGGUUUCAAUGCCGUAUGCAAUGUCGUCAAUCACAAUCCAUUCUGCAUAUGUCGCGAUCAAAUGACUGGAGAUCCAUUUGUACGCUGCCAGCAGAUAAUUACUCCCAUUGCUGAUGUCACACCUGCCAAUCCAUGCAUUCCCUCGCCCUGUGGUCCGAACUCCGAGUGCCGCGUAACGGGUGACUCGCCGUCAUGCUCAUGUCUGCCAGAUUUUACAGGCUCGCCGCCAAACUGUCGUCCCGAAUGUGUUUCGAACUCAGAGUGUCCAUCGACGCAAGCCUGCAUAAACCAAAAGUGUAAAGACCCAUGUCCUGGUUUGUGUGGCCUGAAUGCCAAUUGUCGCGUCUUCAGUCACACACCAAUGUGUCUGUGUGCAGUCGGUUUCACUGGCGAUCCAUUCUCGCAAUGUAACCCAGUGCAAGCUGCGCCAAUUGAAGUAUUAAGGCCAUGCAAUCCCAGUCCAUGUGGCGCCAAUGCUAAAUGCGAAGAACGCGAUGGCGCCGGUUCUUGUCAGUGCUUACCCGAAUACUUUGGUAACCCAUAUGAAGGCUGUCGUCCAGAAUGUGUGCUCAACACAGAUUGUCCAUCGAACAAGGCUUGUCAAAAUCAGAAAUGCGUCGAUCCAUGCCCAGGUACUUGUGGUACGAAUGCAAUAUGCCAGGUUAUCAACCAUGUACCUUCGUGUGAAUGCUAUGCCGGCUACAUUGGUGAUCCAUAUCGACUGUGUCAAGUUGUGCAAGAAGAACCGGCCAGAGUUUACGUUAAUCCCUGUCAACCGUCGCCUUGUGGGCCCAACUCCCAAUGUCGCGAAGUUAACGGUCAAGGCGUUUGUUCUUGCCUACCUGAGUACGUCGGCAGUCCACCUGCUUGUCGACCGGAAUGCACAUCAAGCUCUGAUUGUGCCUCCGAUAAGGCAUGCAUUAAUAGGAAAUGUGUUAAUCCUUGCCCGGGUGUCUGCGGGCAGAAUGCUGAAUGUCGUGUUAGGAAUCACAGUCCCAUCUGUACUUGCAACAAUGGCUUCACUGGCGAUGCGUUCACGCGCUGUUUCCGUAUUAUAACACCACCAUCACCGCCACCACCACAACGUGAACCACAAGAUCCCUGCGUACCCUCACCGUGUGGUCCCAACUCACAGUGUCGCGACGCGCAUGGCACACCCUCCUGUUCUUGCCUGCCGAACUACCUUGGUACGCCACCAGCCUGUCGUCCCGAAUGCAGUCUCAACUCGGAAUGUCCCAGUCAUCAGGCAUGUAUCAAUCAGAAAUGUCGCGAUCCCUGCCCAGGUUCUUGCGGCCUCAGCGCAUUGUGUAACGUUAUAAAUCACACACCAAUAUGCACGUGCCAGAUCGGCUACACUGGCGAUCCUUUCACCAUCUGCAAUCCGCUACCACCACCGCGAAUCGAAGUUGUGCCCCAAGACGAUCCGUGCGUGCCAUCACCCUGCGGUCCAAAUUCGCAAUGUAACAACGGCCAAUGCACAUGCAUACCGGAGUAUCAGGGUGAUCCCUACACAGGAUGCCGUCCAGAGUGUGUGCUUCACACCGAUUGCGCUCGAGAUCGUGCCUGCGUACGCCAUAAAUGCAUUGAUCCCUGCCCCGGUACAUGCGCUUCCAAUGCCAUAUGCGAGGUUAUGAACCAUAUACCCAUUUGCCGUUGUCCGGACGGUAUGGAAGGCAAUGCUUUUGUACAAUGCACACCAACACCGAAGUUGGAUGUACCGCAGCAUCCUUGUCAACCAACACCUUGCGGUCCGAAUAGCCAGUGUCGUGAGGUUAACCAGCAAGCCGUUUGUUCCUGUAUCGCAUCCUUCAUCGGCAGUCCACCCUUCUGUCGGCCGGAAUGCACAACCAAUUCCGAGUGCCCGCUCAAUCAAGCCUGUCUCAAUCAGAAAUGCAACGAUCCUUGCCCAGGCGUUUGCGGCAACAAUGCGCUGUGCCAUGUCACUAAUCAUAGUCCGUUCUGUCGCUGCCCCGAUAGAUAUUCGGGUAAUCCAUUUAUCAGCUGCCAACAAAUUUUAGAAUCACCGGCACCUCGUCCGCCUAGUCAGCCUUGUGUACCAUCACCAUGCGGUCCGUAUUCAGAAUGUCGUGUGGUGGGUGAGCAGCCUUCGUGCACUUGCUUGCCUGAUUACAGCGGCGCGCCACCCAAUUGCCGACCCGAAUGCGUGACUAGCUCAGAAUGUGCUACAAACUUGGCCUGUAUUAAUCAGAAAUGCAAAGAUCCCUGUCCCGGUUUGUGUGGCAAUAGCGCUCUCUGCCGUGUACUUUCACACACACCAAGCUGCUAUUGUCCCGCCGGCUUGGAAGGAGAUCCAUUCGUACAAUGUGUGGAAGUGAAAAUCCCACAACUUGAUCAUAUCGAUCCUUGCAAUCCAAGUCCAUGCGGUCCGAAUGCGCGUUGCGUGCAACGCAAUGAUGCCGGCUCAUGCCAAUGUCUACCUGAAUAUUUUGGUAAUCCAUAUGAAGGCUGUAGGCCCGAGUGCAUGCUCAAUUCCGAUUGUCCAUCCAACAAGGCCUGUCAGAACAUGAAGUGCCGCGACCCAUGCCCCGGCACCUGUGGACAAAAUGCCAACUGUGCGGUGUUGAACCACGUGCCAACAUGCAGUUGUCUGUCGGGCUAUAGUGGUGAUCCAUACCGCGCUUGUCAAAUCGAGAAACAACCUAUCAAGGAAUAUGUCAACCCGUGUCAACCUUCGCCGUGUGGCCCCAAUUCGCAGUGCCGUGAAAUAAACGAACAGCCUGUAUGUUCAUGCCUCCCCGAAUACAUUGGCAGUCCGCCACUUUGCCGCCCUGAGUGCACCAUCUCGACCGAGUGCGCAUUGGACCGGGCGUGUAUCAAUCAGAAAUGCGUCGAUCCCUGCCCGGGCACAUGCGGUCAGAAUGCCAAUUGUCGCGUACAUAACCACAGUCCUCUAUGUUCUUGCCGCGCAGGUUACACUGGAGAUGCUUUCUCGCGUUGUUUUGCUAUACCACCCAAACCACCAGCACCAGUGCAACGUCAGCCCAUUGAUCCUUGCGUGCCCUCACCAUGUGGUCCGCAUUCGCAAUGUCGUCGAAUUGGUGAUUCGCCAUCGUGCUCUUGCCUUCCUAACUACAUUGGGGCGCCACCAAAUUGCCGCCCGGAGUGUACUAUCAACGCGGAGUGUCCAAGCAACCAAGCGUGUAUCAACGAAAAAUGUCGCGAUCCUUGUCCCGGCUCUUGCGGUUUAGGCGCUAUCUGUAAUGUUAUCAAUCACACGCCGAGCUGUGUCUGUCCCACGGGAUAUACUGGCGAUCCCUUUACUUAUUGUCUGCCAGAACCACCGCCAAAGCCGCCUGCCAAAGAUGAUCCCUGCAAUCCCUCACCCUGCGGUUCAAAUGCCCAAUGCAAGGAUGGCAUUUGUACAUGUCUACCGGAAUACCAGGGCGAUCCUUACAACGGCUGUCGCCCCGAAUGUGUUCUCAGCACCGAUUGUCCACGCGACCGUGCCUGCAUACGCAAUAAAUGUGUCGAUCCUUGCCCAGGCACGUGUGCUUCAAAUGCUCUUUGUAGCGUCAUCAAUCAUAUACCAAUCUGUUCGUGUCCAAACGGCAUGUCGGGCAACGCGUUUAUCCAAUGCUCGCCGAUACCACCACCCGCUAAGGUCAACCCUUGUCAGCCCUCUCCCUGCGGUCCUAAUUCACAAUGCCGUGAAGUGAAUGAGCAGGCUGUCUGCUCCUGCAUACCAGGCUACAUAGGCGCUCCUCCAAGCUGCCGUCCCGAGUGUACUGCUAAUCAGGAGUGUGCGGCCAACUUGGCAUGUGUAAAUCAGAAAUGUGUUGACCCUUGCCCUGGCAGUUGCGGACGUAACGCACAGUGCAACACCGUCAAUCACAAUCCUUUCUGCACGUGUCUACCGCAAUAUACAGGUAAUCCAUUUGUCGCCUGCCAACGCAUCAUCGAACAACCGCAGCUGGACGUCUCACCAACCAAUCCUUGCCAACCCUCACCUUGUGGACCCAAUUCAGAAUGUCGUUCAGUGGGCGACACACCAUCGUGCAGUUGUCUAGCCAACUUCAUAGGCACACCACCGUACUGCAAGCCAGAAUGUGUCUCGAACUCGGAGUGUCCCUCAACGAAGGCCUGCAUCAAUCAGAAAUGUAAAGAUCCUUGCCCAGGCCUGUGUGGCUCUAGUGCUGAAUGUCACGUCGUAUCGCAUACACCGCGCUGCAUUUGCUUACCUGGCUUCACAGGUGAUCCGUUCACGCUUUGUCAGCCAGUACGUAUUUCCGCGCCUAUUGAAGUACUCAAUCCAUGUUCGCCAUCGCCUUGCGGCGCCAACGCAAACUGCCUCGAACGUAAUGGCGCGGGCGCUUGCCAAUGCCUGUCUGAAUAUUAUGGUAAUCCCUAUGAGGGCUGCCGUCCAGAGUGCGUGCUUAAUUCGGACUGCCCCUCGAACAAAGCGUGUCAGAAUCAAAAAUGUCGUGAUCCGUGUCCAGGUACCUGUGGACAGAAUGCCGAAUGUAAUGUCGUCAAUCAUAUACCAACUUGCAACUGCUACGUGGGUUACACCGGAGAUCCGUACCGCUAUUGUACAAGACCAGCUGAACCCAUAGUACAAGAGUACGUAAACCCAUGUCAACCCAGCCCAUGUGGACCGAAUUCCCAAUGUCGCGAAGUUAACGGUCAAGCUGUCUGCUCAUGCCUUAGUGAGUUUAUUGGUGUGCCACCAUCCUGUAGACCCGAGUGUACAUCCAGUUCAGAAUGUGCCAGCGAUAAGGCGUGUAUUAAUCGUAAAUGUGUCGACCCUUGCCCGGGUGUUUGUGGACAAAGCGCCAUUUGUCAGGUGCGCAAUCAUAGUCCAAUAUGUUCCUGUCGCACCGGCUUGACAGGCGAUCCAUUCGUGCGUUGUUACCCACUACCACCGCCAACACCACCACAACCCGCCGAUGUCUAUCGUGAUCCCUGCGUGCCAUCGCCAUGUGGCCCAUACGCCACUUGUCGCGUUCAAAACAAUGUGCCAUCUUGUACGUGCCAGCCGAACUAUAUAGGCGCCCCACCAAACUGUCGACCCGAGUGUUCGAUGAAUUCUGACUGCCCGAGCAGUCAGGCGUGUAUUAAUGAGCGUUGCCGUGACCCCUGUCCAGGUGCAUGCGGUGUGAAUACUGUGUGUAAUGUUGUAAAUCAUAUACCCAACUGCGUUUGCCAACCCGGUUAUAUAGGCGAUGCAUUCGUUGCUUGCCAGCCAGCGCCACCACCUCCACCACCGCAACAAGAACCCAUUGAUCCUUGCAAUCCUAGCCCCUGUGGGGCCAACGCAAUCUGUUCCGGUGAUGGGCAAUGCGCUUGUCUCGCCGACUACCAGGGUGAUCCGUAUGUCGCCUGCAAACCGGAGUGCAUACUUAACACCGAGUGCGAGCGUGAUCGUGCCUGCAUACACCAGAAAUGUGUUGAUCCCUGCCCCGGAACUUGUGGCACGGAGGCUAUUUGCGAAGUUUAUAAUCACGUGCCCAUGUGCCGUUGCCCCGAACGCAUGACUGGCAAUGCAUUUGUGCAAUGCUUAGCAGUACAGACUGAUACUUACCGCAAUCCUUGUCAGCCCUCACCAUGCGGUCCAAACUCACAAUGUCGCGAAGUGAACUCACAAGCCGUAUGCAGCUGUUUACCCAACUACCUAGGCAGCCCGCCGUCUUGCCGUCCAGAAUGCACCACGAACUCUGAUUGCGCGCCGAACCGCGCGUGCCAGAAUCAACGCUGCAUGGAUCCAUGCCCUGGAACUUGUGGAUUGUAUGCGAAAUGCACGGUUGUCAAUCAUAAUCCCUUCUGUACUUGCAAUGAACGCUACACAGGAAACCCCUUCGUGCAGUGUCGUCCGAUAAUUGAGCCAGUGCGAGAUGUUGUGCCAGUCAACCCAUGUCAGCCCUCACCUUGCGGUCCGAACAGUCGCUGUCAACCUGUGGGCGAUUCACCGUCUUGCUCCUGUCUCGAGAACUUCUUUGGUCAGCCACCGAAUUGUCGACCCGAAUGUGUAACAAACUCUGAAUGCGCUUCGAAUAAUGUGUGCCGUAAUAAUCGUUGUGUCGACCCCUGCCCCGGACUAUGCGGAAAUAAUGCUCUGUGUCGUGUUAUAAGCCAUUCAUCAAUGUGUUACUGUGAGAGCGGUUACACUGGCGAUCCAUUUGUGCAGUGCACUUUGAUUGUGCGCGAACCCACUGAAGUUGUUGAUCCAUGCAACCCCAAUCCAUGUGGUCCCUUCGCCGAAUGUCUACAGCAAAAUGGCGUGGGUUCGUGUAAAUGCCUUGCGGAAUACUUGGGCAAUCCUUAUGAAGGUUGUCGUCCUGAAUGCGUACUCAACACCGAUUGUCCAUCGAACAAGGCGUGUAUCAAUCAGAAAUGUCGCGAUCCCUGCCCGGGUACUUGCGGACUGAAUGCUGAGUGUUUCACCAGAAAUCAUUUGCCCACAUGUUCCUGCUUAUUUGGCUAUGUAGGUGAUCCGUAUCGUUAUUGCGCGGUUGAGGAAAAACCUCCACUACAAGAGUACGUUAAUCCAUGUGAACCAACACCCUGCGGCCCGAAUAGCCAGUGCCGCGAAUUAAAUGGCCAAGCCGUCUGCUCUUGCCUGCCGGAGUUUAUCGGCACACCACCCGCCUGCAGACCUGAGUGUACAAUUAGUGCUGAGUGCAGCUUCGAUAAGGCGUGCAUUAAUCAGAAGUGCGCCGAUCCAUGUCCAGGCGUUUGCGGAACCGGCGCUCAAUGUCAAGUGCGCAACCACGCACCACUCUGCUCUUGUCAAAACGGCUACACUGGAGAUCCGUUUACCCGUUGCUAUCCCAUACCUCCGCCACCACCGACUGUUUUUGCUGAACCAAUACGCGAUCCUUGCUUGCCGUCACCAUGUGGCCCCAAUUCGCAGUGCAGAAAUGCGAACGGUCAACCGGCGUGCUCUUGCCUGCCUCAGUUCUUUGGAUCACCACCAAACUGUCGGCCCGAGUGUGUCACGAACUCAGAGUGCUCGUCGAAUCUGGCUUGCAUCAAUAAUCGUUGCACAGAUCCUUGUCCGGGCUCGUGUGCUUACAAUGCAGAAUGUAGCGUGAUAAAUCACAUACCGAUUUGCUCGUGUCCGCGUGAAUAUAUCGGCGAUCCAUUCGUCAACUGUCAACCAGCACCACCACCUAAACCACCGGUAAAAGACGACCCCUGUAAUCCUUCACCUUGCGGACCCAACGCAGUGUGCAACGAUGGUCAAUGUUCCUGCAUACCAGAAUAUCAAGGCGACCCACUCGUCGGUUGCCGGCCGGAAUGCGUACUCAACACUGAAUGUCCACAAAACAAGGCCUGCAUUAGAAAUAAGUGUGUUGAUCCAUGCCCCGGUACGUGCGGAGUCAAUGCCAUCUGCGAGGUGCUUAAUCACGUCCCUAUGUGUCGCUGUCCCGACGGCAUGUCCGGAAAUGCUUUCUACCAAUGUGAUCCACUACCACCAAAAAUCGUAACUGAUCCCUGCCAACCUUCUCCAUGCGGUCCGAAUAGUCGUUGUCGCGUAUUCAAUCAAAACGCUGUUUGCUCUUGCAUUGAAGGUUUCAUCGGUAAUCCGCCUAGCUGUCGUCCGGAAUGUGUACGGAAUUCUGAUUGCGGUCCACAAAAGGCCUGCCAGAAUCAAAAAUGCGUCGAUCCUUGUCCGGGCGCAUGCGGUUUCAAAGCGAUUUGUAACGUAGUAAAUCAUGCGCCCAUAUGUACAUGUCCCGUUCAUCACACUGGAAAUCCAUUCGUAUCCUGUCAACCGAUAAUUGAACCGCCACCACGUUUGGAAGCGCCCAAGGAUCCAUGCUACCCGUCGCCUUGUGGCCCGAAUUCCGAGUGUCGCGCUGUCGGAGAUGCACCAUCUUGCUCUUGCUUACCGCAAUUUAUCGGCGCCCCACCAAACUGUCAUCCGGAAUGUGUAACAAAUAGCGAAUGCAGUCAAGAUAAGGCUUGUAUUAACCAAAAAUGCGUCGAUCCCUGCCCUGGCUUAUGCGGUCAGAAUGCACAGUGUCGUGUGAUUAGUCAUACAGCAAUGUGUCUCUGCGCGGCUGGCUACACUGGCGAUCCGUUUUCGUUCUGCAUGCCGGAACCUGUAAAACAAGUGGACUUCGUCUCGCCAUGUGAACCAAACCCGUGUGGUGUUAACGCCGAGUGUCGCCAAGUGAAUAACGCAGGCUCAUGUCAGUGUUUGCCCCAGUACUUUGGUAAUCCUUAUGAGGGUUGUCGCCCAGAAUGUAUAACGAACUCGGACUGUCCGCUGGAUAAAUCUUGCCAGAAUCAGAAAUGUCGCGAUCCUUGCCCGGGUGUCUGCGCGCUAAAUGCGCAAUGUCGCGUUAUCAAUCACCUGCCUUCUUGUGUAUGUUUGGAUGGUUUCAUAGGCGAUCCCUAUAGCUAUUGUCAGUUACCGGAAAAGCCGAUCAUGAAAGAGUACGUCAACCCAUGCCAGCCAUCACCCUGCGGACCCAAUUCCCAAUGUCGGGAAGUGAAUAAUCAAGCUGUUUGCUCAUGUCUGCCCACAUUUAUUGGUACACCGCCUGCGUGCAGACCAGAGUGUACGACGAGUGCCGAAUGCGCACUCGAUAAAGCGUGCAUCAAUCAGAAAUGUCAGGAUCCUUGUCCGGGUACUUGUGGCACAAAUGCAGAAUGUCACGUGCGCAAUCACUCACCGCUGUGUAGUUGCCUUAGUGGUUACACAGGCAAUGCUUUCACGCGCUGUUAUCCUAUACCACCGCCACCACAAGCUGCGACCCCACCAGAACCAGUACGCAAUCCAUGCGUACCCUCGCCUUGCGGUCAAUUCGCCGAAUGUCGUGAUAUCAACGGCAGCCCGUCGUGCUCGUGUCUACCCACCUAUAUCGGUAGUCCACCCACCUGCCAUCCGGAGUGUACUAGAAACUCAGAUUGCGCCAGCGCACAAGCUUGCAUAAAUGAAAAAUGUCGCGACCCUUGUCCCGGCGCGUGCGGCUUCAAUGCGAACUGUAAUGUUAUAAAUCAUACGCCUAUUUGUCAGUGCACACCUGGCUUGCGAGGCGACCCAUUUGUCUCUUGCCAAGCACCACCACAACCACCACCAAAACUAGCAGAAGAUCCAUGCAAUCCCUCGCCCUGUGGUCCCAACACUGUAUGCCGCGAUGGACAGUGUGAAUGCAUACCGGAAUAUCAGGGCAACCCGUUGAUAGGCUGCCGUCCAGAAUGUGUUUUAAACACCGACUGCCCAUUCGACAAGGCGUGCAAACGUCAGAAGUGCACAGAUCCCUGCCCGGGUACUUGUGCCUCGAAUGCCAUUUGCGAGGUGCAUAACCACAUACCAAUGUGUCAUUGUCCAGAAGGUAUGACUGGCAAUGCAUUCGCACUAUGCCAGCCACUUCCCGCCCCAGUGCAAGUGAAUCCUUGUCAACCCUCACCUUGUGGCCCGAAUUCGCAAUGUCGCGUUGUCAAUCAACAAGCUGUGUGCUCGUGCUUGCCUGAGUUUAUUAGUGCUCCACCAUCCUGCCGUCCGGAGUGUACCAGCAAUGCGGAAUGUGCAUUAAAUCGUGCGUGCCUGCAGCAGAAAUGUCGCGAUCCCUGUCCGGGAGUUUGUGGUAUCAACGCGGAAUGCAGUGUCAUCAAUCAUGCGCCGAUUUGUCGAUGUGCCAAUUCAUACUCUGGCAAUCCAUUUGUGGCCUGCAUGCCUAUACGAAUUGUACCGCAGUUGGACGUUGCCCCGAAGGAUCCUUGUCGUCCAUCGCCUUGCGGUCCCAACGCCGAAUGUCGCGCAGUUGGCGAUAGUCCAUCGUGCUCAUGUCUCAAGGAGUUCAUUGGUGCACCGCCUAAUUGCCGGCCUGAAUGUGUAACCAACUCUGAGUGUCCGCUUUCGCAGGCAUGCAUAAAUCAACGCUGUCAAAAUCCCUGUCCCGGCGUAUGUGGCGCUAAUGCACAAUGUCAUGUCAUAAAUCAUACGCCGAUGUGUAUCUGUACAAACGGCUACACAGGAGAUCCAUUCAGCUAUUGUGACGUCGUACGCGAUGUGCCACAAGAAGUGCUGAAUCCUUGCCAACCAAGUCCUUGUGGUCCUAACACUGCAUGUAUCGUACGUAACGGCGCUGGCGCCUGUCAGUGUUUGCCUGAAUUUGUAGGAAAUCCAUAUGAGGGUUGUCGUCCCGAGUGCGUAGUGAACUCUGACUGUCCUACGGACAAAGCUUGUUUGCAGAAUAAAUGCAAGGAUCCAUGUCCUGGUACUUGUGGCCAGAAUGCCCUCUGCCAUGUACGCAACCAUUUGCCAAGCUGCAACUGCUUAAGUGGUUACACAGGCAAUCCGUACAGCUACUGCAGCGUAAUAACCGAACCGAAAUUCGAUGUCGUUAAUCCCUGUCAACCAUCGCCUUGUGGACCAAAUUCCCAGUGUAAAGAAGUCAAGCAGCAAGCGGUUUGCUCUUGUUUACCCAUGUUCAUCGGCAGCCCACCGGACUGUCGACCCGAAUGCACCAUUUCUAGUGAAUGUGCGCUUGACAAGGCGUGCGUCAAUCAAAAGUGUGUUGAUCCUUGCCCAGGCGUCUGCGGUCUCCACUCUGAAUGUCGCGUACGUAACCAUAGCCCGCUUUGCAGUUGUCAUGCCGGUUACACCGGCGAUGCCUUCACUAGAUGUUACCCAAUACCGCCGCCACCAACUGUGCCGGUUAUUAGAGAGGAGUAUCGCGAUCCCUGUGUUCCAUCUCCUUGUGGUAGCAACGCUAUCUGUCGCAACGUCAACGGUCAGGCCUCAUGCUCUUGUUUACCCAACUAUUUGGGCGCGCCACCUAGCUGUCGUCCCGAGUGUUCCAUCAAUGCCGAAUGUCCAGCGCACUUAGCGUGCAUAAAUGAAAAGUGCCGCGAUCCUUGUCCAGGAUCUUGCGGCUUCGCAGCGAUUUGCAAUGUAAUUAACCACACGCCAAUAUGCACUUGCCCAGCUGACUAUACCGGUGACCCGUUUACAAGUUGCGCGCCCAAGCCACCCGAAAUCAAAUUGCAAUUGAAAGAUCCCUGCAACCCGUCACCCUGCGGCAGCAAUGCUGUUUGUAGCAAUGGAGAAUGCGCCUGCCUACCCGAGUAUCAAGGCAAUGCCUACAUUGGUUGUCGCCCCGAGUGUGUACUCAAUACGGAGUGCGCGCGCGAUAAGGCUUGUAUUAGAAAUAAAUGUGUCGACCCUUGUCCCGGUACCUGCGGUCUAGGCGCCAUCUGCGAUGUUUUCAAUCACAUACCGAUGUGCCACUGCCCCGAGGGCAUGACGGGCAACGCAUUCGUGCAAUGCUCAAUAGUACAACAAACAACGCCAGCGGUAGUGAACACCUGCCAGCCUUCACCCUGUGGCCCCAAUUCUCAGUGCACCGAAAUUAAUCAGCAAGCCGUGUGCGCUUGCCUGCCUGACUAUUUUGGCGUACCACCCAACUGCCGACCUGAAUGCAGCAUUAACUCGGACUGUGCACCGAACAUGGCCUGCGUGAACCAUAAAUGCCGAGAUCCUUGUCCAGGCAGCUGUGGCGUGCGCGCUAUUUGUUCUGUCAUUAAUCACGCACCAUUCUGCAGCUGUCCUAGCGGUUACACCGGCAACGCCCAUACCUUGUGUCAACUCUUGCCGCCACCACCGAGCCCUCAACGAGAACCCACAAACCCCUGCGUACCAUCACCGUGCGGUCCCAACUCACAAUGCACUGAUAGGAACAGCUCACCAUCAUGCACUUGUCUACCGGAUUAUAUUGGCGCACCACCCAACUGCCGCCCGGAGUGCUUAUCAUCAUCGGAAUGCCCUAGCAACCAGGCUUGUAUUAAUAUGAAGUGUCGUGAUCCUUGCCCCGGUGUAUGUGGUACAUCAGCCACCUGUCAUGUGGUUAGCCAUACGCCCUCUUGUGUCUGCAUCGCCGGUUAUGUGGGUGAUCCGUUCACGCAGUGCUACCCCGAACCAAUAGUUGAACGCGAGCAGAUCAAUCCGUGCGUACCCAGCCCCUGUGGCAGUAAUGCUAUCUGCACCACACAAAAUAACGCCGGCGCAUGUAAAUGUUUGCCCGAAUAUUUCGGCAAUCCCUAUGACGGUUGUCGCCCCGAAUGUACCACAAAUUCUGAUUGUCCAUCGAAUAAGGCAUGUCGCAAUCAGAAAUGUCAAGACCCUUGUCCUGGUGUUUGCGGUCAAAAUGCACAAUGUUACGCGAUUAAUCAUUUACCUACUUGUACUUGUCUGUCUGGCUAUACAGGAGAUCCGUACAGCUAUUGCAACGUGCCGAAAGAACCAAUAAGAGAAUAUGUAAAUCCUUGCGUACCAUCGCCUUGUGGCCCGAAUUCGCAAUGUCGUGAAGUGCAAGAACAAGCGGUCUGCUCUUGCUUACCUGACUUCAUUGGCAACCCGCCUUCUUGUCGCCCCGAAUGUACAACGAACUCCGAAUGUGCCGCCGAUAAGGCGUGCAUAAACAAGAAGUGUCAAGAUCCCUGUCCCGGCACGUGUGGCUCGAAUGCUGAGUGUAGCAUACGCACGCAUAACCCCUACUGUAGUUGUCGGCCCGGUUAUACUGGUGACGCUUUUGUGCGUUGCUACCCCAUACCGCCACCGCCACCACCAGCACGCGAACCUUAUCGCGAUCCCUGUGUACCCUCGCCAUGUGGUCAAUACGCCGUCUGCCGCGUGACAAAUGAUCAACCUACGUGUUCGUGUCUGCCAUCUUAUAGCGGUACUGCACCCAAUUGUCGCCCGGAAUGUGUAGUAAACUCGGACUGUACCAGUAACCACGCUUGCGUCAAUGAGAAGUGUCGCGAUCCAUGUCCUGGGUCUUGUGGCGUGAACGCCGAAUGUAAUGUGCUUAACCAUAUACCAUCCUGCACGUGCCCCAUUGGCUACACUGGUAAUCCAUUCACCAGCUGUUACGCGCAACCAGCACCACCACCACAAUGUAAUGAGAACUCAAAACUUGUUUCCUUUUUAACUCAACACUUACAUUUACAACCUUUUUCCACGCAAACAGCCACGCCAUCUGAUGAUCCUUGCAUACCGUCUCCUUGUGGCACCAACGCGCAAUGCAGUGAUGGCAUUUGCACCUGCAUCGCUGAGUAUCAGGGCGAUCCAUACACUGGUUGCCGUCCUGAAUGUAUUUUGAAUAGCGAAUGCCCACGUGAUAUGUCGUGUAUCAAUCAGAAAUGUCGAGACCCUUGUCCCGGAACUUGCGCCUCGAAUGCCAUCUGCGAAGUACAUAACCACGUUCCUAUGUGUCACUGUCAGGCGGGCAUGCAAGGUAAUGCAUUUGUACAGUGUCAGCCGGUACCCGAGCGUCCAGCUGAACCUGUACAUCCAUGCCAGCCGUCACCUUGUGGUCCCAACUCACAGUGUCAGGAUAGGAAUGGUAUAGCAAUUUGCACUUGUGUACAAAAUAUGAUUGGUACACCGCCUGCGUGCCACCCCGAAUGCGUUAGCAACUCUGAGUGUCCAAUGAAUCGCGCCUGCAUCAACCAGGAAUGUAGCGACCCCUGUCCGGGCGCUUGCGGCCACAACGCGCUCUGCAACAUAGUCAGUCAUAAUCCAAUCUGUUCUUGUCCAGCGGGCUACACUGGCAGUCCAUUCGUCGCUUGUCAGCCAAUCAUUACUCCACCAUCUUAUGAGGAACCUCGUGAUCCCUGCCGUCCAUCACCUUGCGGUCCUAACGCACAAUGUAGCAAUAUUAAUGGCGCGCCAUCUUGCACUUGCUUAAGUGAAUUCAUAGGUGCACCACCAAAUUGUCGUCCCGAAUGUAUUUCCAACUCGGAGUGUCCAUCUGAUAAGGCCUGCAUCAAUCGGAAAUGUCGCGAUCCUUGUCCCGGUCUGUGUGGCUCCAAUGCGCAAUGUCGCGCUCUGAACCAUAUACCAAACUGCGUUUGUGAGCAGGGAUACGUUGGAGAUCCGUUUAGCAUUUGCCGUCUACCACUUCCACCACCACCGUCACCUGUACCGGACUACGUAGAUCCAUGCAUACCAAGCCCCUGUGGAGACAAUGCAGAAUGCCGUCGUCAUAACAACGUUGGAUCUUGUGUCUGCCUACCUGACUACUUUGGUAACCCGUACCAGGGUUGUCGCCCCGAGUGUGUGCUAAACAGUGAUUGCCCGUCAAAUAAGGCCUGCGUUCAGCGCAAAUGUCGUGAUCCAUGCCCGGGUGCUUGUGGCCGCAACGCCGAGUGCCAGGUUGUGAAUCAUCUGCCAGUUUGCCACUGUUUGAAUGGCUACACGGGCAAUCCGUUUAGUUUAUGCUCGCCUGUUAAGCAAUUGGAACCAGUUUACGUAAAUCCCUGCAUACCAUCACCUUGCGGCCCGAACGCUCAAUGUCACGAAGUUAACCAGCAAGCUAUUUGCUCUUGCUUACCUGAAUUCGUUGGCUCACCACCUGCCUGUCGUCCAGAGUGUACCGUUAAUGCGGAAUGUGCGCUCACACAAGCCUGUAUAAAUCGUAAAUGCGCUGAUCCUUGUCCGGGCACCUGCGGUCAGAAUGCGGAAUGCCGCGUUUACAAUCACAACCCUAUUUGUUCGUGCAGAACAAGCUAUACCGGAGAUGCUUUCACCCGCUGUUAUCCAAUAACUUCCCCACCACCGCCAGCUAUCGCAGACGUUUUACCAGCCACACCCCCUCCACCAAGUAGUCCCUGCAAUCCGUCACCUUGCGGCCAAUACUCGCAAUGUCACAGCCGCAAUGGUGCUGCAAUUUGCUCAUGUCUACCCAGCUACGUAGGUAGUCCGCCAAAUUGUCGCCCCGAGUGUGUUGUACAUUCCGAUUGCCCCUCGAAUCGCGCUUGCAUCAAUGAGAAGUGUCGUGACCCAUGUCCCGGCUCGUGCGGCUUCAAUGCGAUCUGCAAUGUUCUCAACCAUGUGCCGAACUGCGUGUGUCCAGCUGGUUAUGUAGGAGAUCCGUUCAGCAGUUGCCAACCGGAACCACCGAAACCAGUACAACGUGAACCCAUCAAGCAAGAUCCUUGCGUACCAUCACCUUGUGGCGCCAAUGCCGUCUGCAGUGGAGAAGGAGUGUGCACAUGUCUACCCGACUAUAUGGGCGACGCUUACAGUGGCUGCCGACCGGAGUGUGUGCUCAAUAGCGAUUGCGCACGUGAUCGCGCUUGCAUCAAUCAGAAAUGCAAAGAUCCGUGCCCGGGAACUUGCGGCGCACAAGCGCUAUGCAAUGUUAUAAAUCACAUACCGAUGUGUUCGUGUGCCGACGGCUUCACCGGCAACGCUUUCGUGCGUUGUGAUAGCAUACCAACCGCUGAACCUCCUGCGCCUGUGUAUCCCUGCCAUCCUUCCCCUUGUGGCCCGAACUCUCAGUGUCGCGAAGCGCAUGAGCAAGCUAUAUGUUCUUGCUUACCUGGCUUUAUUGGCGCUCCACCAUCCUGUCGUCCAGAGUGCGUCUCAAGCACGGAGUGUACGCUCGAUAAGUUCUGCUUAAAUCAACGUUGCCAGGAUCCUUGCGCCGGUGCUUGCGGUCUACGCGCCAUUUGUCAUCCGCAAAAUCAUAGCCCUAUAUGCGCUUGCCCACAACGCUACACGGGCGAUCCAUUUAUUGCUUGUCAACCCAUAAUUACACCACCCCCAGCACCAGUACGUGAUGAAAAGCCUACGAAUCCCUGCCAACCGUCACCUUGCGGUCCGAACUCCGAAUGUACCGCCACACCUAAUGGCGCACAGUGCACUUGUUUACGCGAAUUUAUCGGCACUGCACCACACUGCCGUCCCGAAUGCGUUACCAGUGCUGAGUGCGCUUCGGACAAGGCAUGCAUUAAUCGCAAGUGCGCCGAUCCUUGUCCAGGCUCGUGUGGCGCUGCAGCCGAGUGUCGUGUGUUGGCGCACAGCGCAAUGUGUUACUGCCCAAGCGGUUAUACCGGCGAUCCCUUUAGCGCGUGCGUGCGACAACAAGAACCGCCUACGGAAGUGGCUCUACCCUGCAGUCCCAGCCCCUGCGGCCCGAAUGCGAUUUGUCAACCGCGAAAUGGCAUUAGCGUAUGCCAAUGUCUACCCAACUACUACGGCAAUCCCUAUGAAGUGUGUCGACCGGAAUGUGUUAGAAACUCAGAUUGCGCAGCGGACAAGGCGUGUCAGAAUCAGAAGUGUCGCGAUCCAUGUCCUGGCACGUGCGGUUCAGACGCUAUGUGUCAUGUCGUCAAUCAUGUACCAAACUGCGCAUGUCUACCUGGUUAUCGCGGCGAUCCGUAUACGCGUUGCACAGUGGUGCAAGCAGAACCCGAACCUAGCGUUCCCGUAAGUCCCUGCCAACCAUCGCCGUGUGGCGCCAAUGCGCAAUGUCGCGAUUCAAAUGGACAAGCCGUCUGUUCCUGCUUGCCCGAUUUCGUAGGCGUUCCACCAGCCUGUCAUCCGGAAUGUGUCGUCAGCUCCGAGUGUCCAUUGGAUAAGGCAUGCAUCAAUCAAAAAUGUAAGGAUCCUUGUCCGGGCGCAUGUGGAAUUAAUGCCGAGUGUCACGUACGUAACCAUAGUCCGUUAUGCGCUUGUAAAUCAGGUUAUACCGGCGAAGCUUUCACCAGCUGUCAACCGAUACCACCGCCGCGUACUCCAGCGCCUGCACCACCGCGCGACGUCAAUCCAUGCAUUCCCUCACCUUGUGGAUCGUACGCACAAUGCCGCGAAGUAAAUGGCGCCGCGACUUGCAGCUGCUUGUCAAAUUAUAUUGGCGCACCACCCAACUGCAGGCCGGAGUGUACAAUCAACGCGGAAUGUGCCAGCAAUCUGGCUUGCAUGAAUCAACGUUGUCGCGAUCCAUGCCCCGGCUCUUGCGGUUUCGCAGCGCUCUGUAAUGUUAUCAAUCACACACCAAGCUGCUCUUGUCCUGCGGGAUACAGCGGCGAUCCGUUUACCAGCUGUCGUCUGUUGCCACCACCACCACCAGCACCAAAACCGGCUGAACCUAUCGACCCGUGCAUACCCUCGCCUUGUGGCGCAAAUACUGUCUGCAACAACGGUCAAUGUUCCUGCAUUCCAGAGUAUCACGGCGAUCCUCUUAUCGGCUGCCGCCCAGAAUGUGUCCUCAAUGCGGAUUGUGCGCGUGAUCGCGCCUGCGUGCACAAUAAGUGUGUGGACCCCUGUCCGGGCACUUGCGGUCAGCGCGCUCUCUGCGAUGUCAUCAAUCACAUACCGAUGUGUCGCUGUCCUGAACGUAUGACUGGCAAUGCAUUCGUCGCCUGCGAGCCAGUGCGUGAUGUCGAACAGAAGAACCCUUGCCAACCAUCACCGUGCGGUCCUAAUUCGCAGUGCAUUGAACGUGGUGGUAAUGCCAUCUGCUCUUGCAUCACCGGCUAUUUGGGCAAUCCACCGAACUGCCGUCUGGAGUGUUACACUAGCUCGGAUUGUGCACAAAUACACGCGUGUAUCAACAAUAAAUGCGUUGAUCCUUGUCCCGGUCAGUGCGGUCAGAACGCCGAGUGCCAGACAGUGCAACAUCGCGCACAUUGUGAAUGUAUACGCGGCUAUAGCGGUAAUCCAUAUUCACUUUGCACGAGAACAGAAAUACGUCAAGAACCGCCAAGCGUACAAAAGAACCCUUGCGUUCCAUCGCCUUGCGGUCCUAACGCGCAAUGUACCGAUGAACAGGGACAGGCUCGUUGUGCCUGCCUUCUCAAUUAUAUUGGCGCUCCACCCAAUUGUCACCCAGAAUGCUCGACCAAUGAUGAUUGUCCUAACAAUCUGGCGUGUAUCAAUCUCAAAUGCCGUGACCCUUGUCCCGGCUCAUGCGGUGUAAAUGCCAACUGUCUUGUCACCUUCCACAUACCAAAUUGCCAUUGCCCAAGUGGCAUGACCGGAGAUCCCUUCCGCGCAUGUUAUGAGGCACCUAAAAUUCUUCCACCGCCACCGAAACAGGAACCACGCGAUCCUUGCCGUCCAUCACCUUGCGGCUCGAACAGUGAAUGCCGCGGACGUGGCGAUAGCUACACUUGCGUCUGCAUAAACGACUACAUCGGCAAUCCCUACGAGGGUUGCCGUCCUGAGUGUAUUGGCAAUUCUGAAUGCCCCUCGAAUCGGGCUUGCAUACGCAACAAAUGCGCCGAUCCUUGCCCAGGCACUUGCGGCGUGGGUGCGCUGUGCAGCAUACACAACCACAUACCGAUAUGCUCAUGUCCGUCAGGCUACACUGGCAACGCAUUCAUUCAGUGCUCACUUAUCGCAAUGGAGCCUGAAGAACGUCGCGAUCCUUGCUAUCCAACACCAUGUGGCAUCAACACCGUCUGCAAAGUGCAGCGCGAUCAAGGCAUUUGCGAGUGCUUACCAGGCUUCUUCGGCAAUCCAUAUGGCCAAGGCUGUCGUCCCGAAUGUACACUUAGUUCGGAUUGUGCCAAGGAUAGAGCGUGCGUCAAUUCGAAGUGCGUCGACCCAUGCCCUGGUGUUUGCGGUUAUGGUGCACAGUGCCAGACGGUGAAUCACAAUCCCAUCUGCAGCUGUCCAAAUUCAAUGGUUGGCAAUCCGUUUGUUGAAUGUCAUGCGCCACCGAAACCUGUGGAUCCAUGCAAUCCAUCACCAUGCCGUAGCAAUGGCAUUUGCCAAGUUAUUAAUGGCGCUGCCACUUGUACAUAUCCAGAGUGUGUAACUAAUGAGGACUGCUCCCGUAAUCGUGCUUGUAUUAAUCAGAAAUGUCGCGAUCCAUGUAUCAAUGCUUGCGGUGUGAACGCAAUUUGUAAUGCUAUCAAUCAUAAGGCGGUAUGCACAUGUCCAGCUGGUUACUAUGGUUCACCGUUUAAUCAGUGUCUGCCACAAAUGGAAGAAAUACCAGCGCCAAGGCCAGAAUGUACCACCGACUCGGAAUGCUCCAACGAUAAGGCAUGCAUAAAUCAGGCAUGCCAGAAUCCAUGUGAACUCUCGAAUAUCUGUGGCACAAAUGCGCGCUGUCAUGUGCAGCUACACCGACCACUCUGCGUCUGCAAUGAAGGUUACACGGGCAACGCUUUCAGCUACUGCCACCUAAUUGGCUGCCGUUCAGACGAGGAAUGUCCCGCCACCGAGGCCUGUAUCAACAAGCAAUGUACCGAUCCUUGCCCAUACACACAAUGUGGCACGAAUGCUAUUUGCCGCGCCGAUUACAAUCACAAAGCGCGCUGCCAUUGUCCAGACGGUUAUCGUGGCAAUCCUUUGGUGCGCUGCGAGCGUCCCGAAUGCUCAAGCGACGAUGAGUGUACCUUUAAUUUGGCCUGCAAGAAUGAACGCUGUGAAGAUCCAUGCAAUUGUGGUGUUGGCGCGCAGUGCCGCGUCGAUAAUCAUCGCGCGCUUUGCCGUUGCCCACCAGGCUACAGUGGCAAUCCGCUAGUGAGCUGUGUGCUCGAGGAACCUAAAGUGGCACCACAAUGUACUAUGGAUGCGGAUUGUAGCAGCAAGUUGGCGUGCUUCGGCGGAGAAUGUAAGAAUCCAUGCGCUGUGACGCAACCAUGUGGCGCGAAUGCUAUUUGCUCGGUGGUGGAUACACUACCGUUACGCACAAUGAUCUGUCAAUGUGAACCCGGUUAUGUUGGUGAUGCUGAUGUUGGCUGUCGUAAAGAACCUGCACGGGAUCACGGCUGUCAAUCGAACAGCGAAUGCCAAGAUACCGAGGCCUGUCGAAAUGGUGUUUGCGUGAAUCCUUGCACCGAUGGCUCGCCUUGCGCGCGCACCGCCGAAUGCUUAGCGCAACGACAUCGCGCCGUCUGCAGUUGCCCACAAGGCACUCAAGGCGAUCCGUUCAUCAACUGUUACCAACCACCUCAAAUUACCGCCGGCUGCACGCACGAUACGGAAUGCACACCGACCACGGCCUGCAUCAAUCAGCGCUGCCAAGAUCCCUGCGCUGAAGCAAACCCAUGCGCUGGCAAUGCCGAGUGCCGCGUGCGCAACUCGCGCCCAAUUUGCUCUUGCCCCGCUGGCUGGGGUGGUGAUCCACAAGUUCAAUGCUACAAACCGGAAUGUAAGAUCAACGCCGACUGCCCCUACGACAAGGCCUGCAUCAAUGAAAAUUGUGUGAACCCUUGCAACUAUGGCGAAGUACGCUGCGGCACUGGAGCACAGUGCGCGCCACAGAAUCACCAAGCCGUCUGCAUUUGUCCACCAGGCACACAAGGCAGUCCAUUUGUUUCCUGCAUCACAGGUCAUUGUCAAUUCAACGAGGAUUGCGCCGAUCAUGAAGCUUGCGAUCGCCUGAAUCGAGUCUGCCGCCCGGUCUGCGAUGAAGACACCUGCGCUGUGAAUGCCAUUUGCACAGGUAGACGUCAUCAGCCGCAAUGUGAGUGCCGUUCAGGCUACACAGACAACGCGUUCGUCGAAUGCCAACUGCCACGCGAACCACCGACUAAGGUCGCACCGGAGUGCACGCAAGAUGCCGACUGUCCUUCGCAAUUGGCUUGCAUCAACCAGCAUUGCGCAAAUCCAUGCGCUACGCCACAUGUUUGCACACCUCAACAAACCUGUCACGUGCUCGAUACACUGCCGCUACGUACCAUGAUCUGCAAGUGUCCGAGCGAUACAAUCACCGACACCUCGGGCAAUUGUGUUCCGAUUAAACAUGAAGUUGUAAGUGGUUGCCAGAGCAACGAUGAAUGUAGCAACGCUGAGGUAUGUCAACGCGGCGUUUGCAUCGACGCAUGCCGUCUGGAACGUUGUGGUGUUAAUGCACAAUGCCGCUCGCGCGAUCACUAUGCGGAAUGCACAUGCCCACGCGGUUACGAAGGUAAUCCACGCGUCGAAUGUCAACUGAUAGUACACGAACAACCUAAGACACCGGGCGCGGAAUGUACGAAAAAUGAUGACUGUUCAAAUGAUAAGACUUGCAAGAAUGAACGCUGCAUAAAUCCGUGUGUGGAAGAUCCUUGCGGACCCGGCGCCUACUGCCAUGUUCAGAACAGAGCAGCUGUGUGUCGCUGCCCGCCCGGUUUCAAAGGCGAUGCGCGCGUCGCUUGUGUACCACCACCAGACGUAUCCACAAUUGGCUGCAAAUCCAAUUCUGAUUGUUCACUAACCGAGUCAUGCGUCAACGAACGUUGCGUCAACCCUUGCAAUUGUGGCCCGAAUGCCGACUGCAUCGUACGCAAUCAUCACCCCAUCUGCUACUGUCAACCUGGCUACUCUGGGAAUGCGCAAUUCGGCUGCGUACAAAUUGGCUGCCAAUCGGACGACGAAUGUUCCACGGAUCAGCAAUGCGUUAACCGUGAAUGUGUUAAUCCUUGCUUAGUAAGCGAUCCAUGCGCGCUCAAUGCCGAGUGCUUUGGUCGCAAUCAUCGCGCCACCUGUCGCUGCCCCGCUGGCUUGGAGGGUGAUCCGUUCCAACGUUGCGUGCGCGUCGAAUGCCAUUCGGACUAUGAUUGCGCCACGAAUCAAGCAUGUGUACGCAAUCAAUGUAUUAAUCCUUGCCAGGAUAGUCCCUGCGCACAAAAUGCCAUCUGUCAGGCGCUACAACAUCGCGCUGUCUGCCGCUGCCCCGAAACAAUGCCGCUCGGCAACCCAUACUCUUACUGUGAGCGACGUCCUGUGGAGCCUGUUUGCCGCGAUGAUGGCGAUUGCCCGAGCCGCUUGGCCUGCAUUGACAACAAGUGCCAGAACCCGUGCACCAUACUUUCACCUUGUGCCGCCUCAGCUAAAUGUAGUGUACUUGAUAGUGUACCAGUACGAACUAUGGUAUGCGAAUGCCCCGAAUCAUAUGUGCCCGAUGCGCGCGGUGAGUGCAAACCUAUUGUGCUGCAAAGCCCACCAGGUUGUAGCACUGACGCCGAUUGUCCAGACCAGGAGGCGUGCAUCAACCGUCAGUGUCGCAAUCCAUGCAACUGUGGCACCAACGCCAUUUGUCAGGUGCAGAAUCAUCGCGCUACUUGCUCUUGCCAAGAUGGUUACGAAGGUAAUCCUUACUCCGUCUGUCGAACGAUAGGUUGCCGCAUCGACAGUGAGUGCGACUCAGGUAAGGCUUGCAUCAACGGCAAUUGCAUCAACCCCUGCUUGGUUAACGAUCCUUGCGGCAUCAACGCCGAGUGCCAUGUACAGGCGAAUAGCGCUGUCUGCCGCUGCAAGAGCGGUUAUCGUGGCAAUGCCUAUGAGCGUUGUCGCGUCAUCGGCUGUCUCACGAACAACGACUGUCCCACCGACAAAAUGUGUCAAAAUGAACAGUGUGUAAACCCUUGCAUCUAUCACAACACAUGCUCACCACGCGCCGAAUGCCGCGCGCAAAAUCACUUGGCAGUCUGUCGCUGUCCAACUGGCUUCCUAGGAAAUCCAUACGUCGAUUGCCGUCCAGAACCACAACCCACAUGCCGAGUAGAUACAGACUGCCCCGCAACUUUGGCCUGCAUCAACGAUGAGUGCGUAGACCCUUGUCUCACGCUCGAACCGUGCAACAGACCUGCUCAAUGCCAAGUUACCCCGACCUCGCCAGUGCGUACCAUGAUCUGUAUCUGCCCCGAUGGCUAUAUCAGCAGCGGUAGCGGCACUUGUAAACCAACGAAGACCAUAGUGGAUGUAGGCGGCUGUAUUGCCGACUCCGACUGCGCUGCAGAUAAAUCUUGUGUUAAUGGCGUCUGCCGCGAUCCCUGCAACUGCGGCUUGAAUGCCGAGUGUCGCAUCAAGGACCAUAAACCUGUAUGCACAUGUCGUCAAGGAUAUGAAGGAAAUCCAGAAUUUGAGUGCUCCAAAAUAGAAUGCGCCAUCAACUCCGACUGUCCAGCGACGCACGCUUGCCGGAACCAACUUUGUGUGCCUGCCUGUCAAGGUGAGCAGUGUGGCAGGAAUGCCCAGUGUCUGGCAGUUGACCACCGCGCCGUGUGCGAAUGUGUGCCAGGCUACCGCGGAAAUGCGCGCAUCGCUUGCACACCACUCGGCUGUCGGGCUGACAACGAGUGUCCGUCCGAUAAGGCUUGUGUAAAUGGAAAAUGUGAAAACCCAUGCGAGACGAAGGCUGUAUGUGCAUAUGACGAAAUAUGCAAAGUCUACAACCAUCGUCCGGAAUGUGGCUGUCCACCAGGCACUAUUGCGCGCCGCAAUGGUUGCGAGCCACUACGCGAAAUACCAAUUUGCACCUACGACGGCGAUUGUCCGAGCCAAACUGCUUGCAUACGCGGCGAAUGCGUCAAUCCAUGCAACGCAACACAUCCGUGUGGCGUGAAUGCUGAUUGUCGCGUGCUGGAUACAGUACCAGUGCGUACAAUGAUUUGCGAAUGCUUGGAGGGUUACACUGGUAACGCAGCCGUACAGUGCGAUAAGCGUUCAUUGUGCGUGAUCGAGAAAGGAUUUGUGCGCGACAUAGACGGUCAGUGUAUCUGCCCACCAGGCACUGCUUUGGACAUCUACGAAUAUUGCACACCCUGCCUGCCACAACAAGGCUAUAAGAUUGACGAAAAUGGGCGCUGUGUAUGCGCGCUAGAACGCGGCAUGGUAAUUGAUGAACGUGGACGCUGUAUCUGCCCAACGGACCAUGGCUACCGACUCACACCUGCCGGCGAAUGCGUGGCCGAAGACCAACCUGGCUGUGAAACGAAUGACGACUGCGCCGACAAUCGCUACUGUAACACGCGAACCAAGACCUGCGAGGAUCCAUGUCUGCAAAAGCUCUGCGGCGUGAACGCAUUCUGUAAUGCUAUCAAUCAUAGAGCGCAAUGUCAAUGCAUCACCGGCUACACCGGUAAUCCAGAGCUCAUCUGCAAUCACACCAACUUCCGGACGGAUUUCCCACGACCCGAUAUGUUGGUCAGCUGUCUGGCUGACGGUGUACAAGUCGAGAUACAUAUUACCGAGCCCGGUUUCAAUGGUGUGCUCUACGUGAAGGGACACAGCAAGGAUGAAGAAUGUCGACGGGUGGUCAAUCUGGCGGGCGAAAGCGUACCACGAACCGAAAUCUUCCGUGUGCACUUCGGCAGUUGCGGCAUGCAAGCUGUAAAAGAUAUUGCCAGCUUUGUAUUGGUCAUACAGAAACAUCCUAAAUUGGUCACUUACAAAGCGCAAGCUUACAACAUCAAAUGUGUCUACCAGACGGGUGAGAAGAAUGUCACGCUCGGUUUCAAUGUAUCCAUGCUAACCACAGCAGGUACAAUUGCCAACACUGGACCACCGCCUAUCUGUCAAAUGCGCAUCAUUACGCACGAAGGCGAAGAGAUCAAUUCGGCGGAGAUUGGCGACAAUCUCAAACUGCAAGUAGACGUAGAGCCAGCAACAAUCUAUGGUGGCUUCGCGCGUUCUUGCAUUGCCAAAACAAUGGAGGAUAAUGUGGAGAAUGAGUAUAUUGUAACCGAUGAGAAUGGUUGCGCCACCGACGCCUCAAUCUUUGGCGAAUGGGAAUACAAUCCGGACACCAACAGCCUCAUGGCCAACUUUAAUGCCUUCAAAUUCCCCUCCAGUGAUAAUAUACGUUUCCAAUGUAAUAUACGCGUCUGCUUUGGUAGAUGCCAACCGGUUAAUUGCCGCGGCUAUAACGCUUUCGGGCGUAGAAGAAGACGAGCGAUUGCGGACAACUCCACAGAUACAACUGCGGUGGCGACUAACACUGGCGUUGAAGGACAAUUGCGUGAAGAGAUAACCAUAUCAUCGAAUGCGAUAUUGACAUUCGAGAAGCGCAGCGGUCCAGGCAUCAAUGAUGCGAAUAUCAAACCCGCCGCGCAACGCGUUGAAGACAUUUGCGUCUCCAUGGUGGGGCUGAUAAUAGCGCUGGUGAUAACAGCUCUAUUGGCUUUGGUAGCUGUCGCAGUGGCCGUAUCCUGCUGGCUCAUGGCCUAUCGUCGGCGACCAAAAACACUAGCGCCGCUACCGCAUCCGCCAGAGUUCCCCAAUCCGCUAUUUGCGAAUGCUGAAGCUGUGCCAGAGCCAACACCAGACUAUCUAUCAUAAGGAAGAAUCAAAAACGAACGAGUAAAUAUGCUAGUUUUUAGGUUAGUUAAGAAAUUUAAAGCAAAACAAAAUUGAUGAAAGAUGAUAAAAUGAAAGAAUCAUAAUGUAAUUUAGUAAAAAGUAAACGAAUUUGUAUAGCUAAAGAAAAGAAGCUCGUGCAAAAAGUUUGAGAGCGCGCGUGUGCUCAUUGAUUAACGAUUUGCUGUAAUAUCUGAAAUAUAGAGGUAAACAAAUGAGCGCAAAGAAAAACAAAAGCGUUAAGCGAGCACAACCAAAUAUAGUGAAAGAGAAAUAUGAAACAGAAUGUGUCAAAAUUUACGAAAAUACGUUAUGAUUUCGUAUGAAAAAAUCACGCGUAACUGAGAGUGUAUUAUAUACUUUAUGUAAAUGUAUAAGUAAAUAUUUUUUCCUCAACUCACCAUGACAUUCCUAAAGAGCGUAGCGUAGCCUAGCCUAAUUAGACGUCAAAGGCUACCGAGCGCUCGUAUUUUAACUAAAAUGAGAAUUUCAAGUAGCUUUUUGAAUUUUUCUUCAAAGCAAAGUAUGCGAUAAAUGCGUUAAAAUAACAUUUAAAUAUUUAAAUUUUUUUUUUUGUACAGAUAUUUUCUUUUUUUUAAUUUUUUUAUACUUUUUUUAAUAGGAGUACGCAAUUAAACAAAAAACUGUAGUUAGAAAAAAAUAUUUUUAAAAAUAACUAUGAACAACUGCCAAAGCUAUAACACUGCUUAUGUUUAUAGACAAACAUACUAUACAUAUGUAGAAGAAAGAGUAGCACAAAGGCAUUUACGCAUAGUUAGUAGUUGAAGAAAAAGGCAAAAAGGCUUAUCGGGCAUGAGAAGGUGUUUAAGAGAAGAGAAAAGAGCGAAAAAGGGAAAAAGAAAGCGAAAGUGAUAGAAAUAGGAAAUGAACGCAAUACCUCAGAAAAAUAUUUUUUCUUUUCUUUUCUGAAGUAUUGCAGAAAGGUAGCCAGGCUACGAAAGAAUUCUCAUCUAACAAAUACAACUUCUUCAUUAGUCGAAAAGCACGAAUAGCAUAUUUGUAUGGAUACUUAAGGAAAUAGUAUGUAUACAAUUACGCUACCACUGACAUAUGCCACUAUUGUAUUAGUAAUUAAAGACUUGUCUUCCCUGUAAAAAAAAAAAAACAAUGUACUAUAAUACAUACUUAUUUACAUAUAUAAAUACAUACGCACAUGAAAAACUCUGUAGGUGGUGGGCUACCUCCAAACACAGAACAGAAUAAACAGUAUACAGAAGAGGCAUUGGCAUUUCUAUGGCGGCCGCACUAAUAUGAUCAGAGUAGAGCAGGCGGAACUCACCAACGACAGCGACGAAUGCAUAAAAUGAUGACGGCCGGAACAACUUGUUCACUGUAAAGAACAUGACCACUGGCAAUUCCACGUCAAAAAAGAAGAAAGAUACUGAUCUUGAUUUCAGCAGAUUAAGAAUACUAUGCAGCCAGAGAGAGCGCUUGCCUCAUCACCGAAUGUACUGCAAAUUCAGAUUUCAGCUUAAGGCAUUAUUCUUCUUCUGUAUAUUUUGUAUAUGCUGUACUCCAAUCCACUGGUCUAACCAUGUAACUCGCGAACCGUUUCACAGACUCGAAUACUGCAUACUUUUGGGCGCUACACUCAGUAACAAAAGUAUACGAAAGCCGUAUAGCGGAGUUGUUCAUUGUAUGCAAUCAAAUAAAUUUAAAAAAAAAAGUGGAACACGUUAGAGAGAUAUGAUUAGGUUAGGUGGACCUCUACUAGAUAUGCACUUGUAUUAUAGAAAAAAGAAACAAAAAAAAAAAACACAGCACACAGUCUAAGUAAAUAGUUAUAGGUGUAUGUAUAUAUGCUAUAAAAUUUUCCUAUAACUUAUAAAUGUAAAUGAAGAAAACUAUAAACUGCCCUGAGACACUCGAAGAAUCAAAUGAACAAUGCAAGAAGGAGAAAAAAAAUACUCCAAAAAGCAAAGACAAGGUGGGGCAGAAGGGCAAGAAAAGAGCGGCGAAAAGAAAUUACGAAGGAAAGCAUCGAAAGCAACCAAAAAUGGUGGAAAGAGAGCCAACAAAAAAUAAGUUAGAAAAAAAAACCUUUUAGAAGCUUUGUGAAAACCUCUUGACACAACUUUGUAUAAAAGAAGGAAGUUACAAAAAAAACCUUUCAAACCUGUUUGAAGCUAAGGAGGUUAUGUUGAAGCAACUGUAGUUAAACGAAUAUGGCGACUUAAAGAAAAAUAAAUUAAAAUGUUUUGUACAACAACAAAUCAAGCAUAAGAGAUGUUUAUUUAUUUAUUAACAAAGGCAAAUAAAUAAAACAACCAACAAAUUGUGGAACGCUUAAAAAAAGCACUGGAGAAAGCAAACGAAAAGUCAUACAUAUAUACAACAAUAAAAACCAAAAACAACUUGACUGCCAAGCACUUCCUCAGCUAAAAAUAAAAGGCUUGAAAAAAUAUUCGCCCACCAAGCUGCCCCCAUCAUGCCUUGCGCUUUGCAUUUGUGCGCACGAUUUUUGUAAAUAUCAAAAAUUACAAAAAAAAACAAAUAAUAAAAUAGCUGCCUAAACGUUGUUCCGAUUUUUUAUUAAAAAAUUAUUAUUCAAUAAAUUUUAUAUACAUUUUUUAACACUUCUGCCUAUCCGCAAAGCGACUAAUGGAGGAUUUGCUUAAUUAAUUUUAAUAUAAUGUAUUUACUAUUAAAUAUUUAACGCGUACUAAUAACAUUUUAUAAAAAAAAAAAUAAUAUUAAAAAUAUUUGAAAUUUAAUAUAACCAAUCAUAAGCAAGUAAAAAAGCGUGUUAGUCAAGUGCGUUUACUUUUUUUAUUAAAAAAUUAUUUUUGUUAAUGAAUUUUUUUUUUUUAAUUUUAUUUAAACGUUUUUUUCCUUAUUUAAUUUUAAACCUUAAUGUAUGCUUGUUGUGAUUGCGAAGUGCGUACGCAAAUUAUGAUUAAAUAUAUAUAUAUAUAUAUAAAUAAAUAUAAACGCGAUAUAUGUAUGUGUAAAACUUUACUAAAAACGCUACUAAAAAAUUAAAAAAAAAAAUCCAAAAAAAAAAAUUUAAACAAGUAUGCGCGCCCCCCACUCAACCAUCGCCUACAUACACUCUGGCAACGACGUGAAUUCACCGCAACAGCCAGCAACUGUGCAGCGAACUUUGGUUGCUUGCGUGUUUGCGUUGAAUUUACGCUGUGCCUUUGAGUCAAAAGCGUUUGGAAAGCUAAGCGGCAUAGCGAAACUUUCUAAACUGAAUAACAAAAAAUAAAAAGAACGAAACAUACAAAAACAAAAACGAAUCGAAAUGUAUAGUCACUACUUUAAGUUAAAUUUUUACUUUCAACUAAAUAAAACAAUUUAAAAAAUUAAACAACAACAAAAAACACACACCACACACCGAAAGACACACAAAAAAAUAAACACACACAACAAAACACUUUCAUUGCUUUAGCCAGCAAUGUUAGCAGUUAAUAGAAAUCUAACCUUAAAAGCAACUGUAAAUAGAAUUUAGAAUUUUCGCAUUGUAUAGGAUUUUUUUCUUAUUUUUUUUUUGUUUUUUGUUUGUAAUUUAUUUCGUUCAUAACGCCAUUGCCAGGCAAAACUCACAAAAAGAGAAUAUUU